AUGCCCUAUGGCAAGCCACUUUUGGAAAUAAGAAGAGUUUCUGUCAUGCAGUUUGCAAUAUCACAAGAUUCUCCCUUCCUAAGAGUGAAUAUAUACACCUACCAGGCAUGUGUAUGAUUGCUGAUUUAAACAACAUAUUAUAAGGCAUUUCUUUAAAACAGAAAAGAAAAAGAAAGCACUAUUAUUGCGCACAUGCAUUUUUCUCCUCACACUCCUAAUUAAGAACUUUCACAUUUCAGACUGACCAACAGAGCAAUAUUCUGUCUACACAUGAUUUUUUAAUAUGAGAGUCAGAAAAUGUGAGUUGUUGCACCACCUUUUUCCCCUGGCAGGGCUCUUCGCUUUAAACAGCCACAUAACAGGCAGACAGGGAAAAGCUUCAACUGUGGAAUUCCCGAAUGUCAUGAAGUUGUUUAAUACAAAACCCAUGGCAGGCGGGAGGAGGGGCUGCCAACCCUGUAUGUGCGUAGUAGAUGUUUGGAUACUAGGGGUUUUAUGGUCCGCAUUAAUAUACUCCGGUAUACCAGGAGAAAAAUGCAUGUGCACAAAAAUACUAUUUCUUUUUCUUUUUUCAGUCGAGAAGUACAUGGGAUGACCUUGGGCAGAUAAGUCUCUCUCAGCCUAACCUAUACUGUUUGCUGUGAGACAAAAAACCCACUGCUCUAAACCUCCUCGGAAGACGAGUUUGAUGUUAAUUUAUAGUAAUGGAGCACAUUUCUGCCACAAAUGUUUUCCAAUCCAGCUAGACAAUCAAUGGGCACUUCCAGAUGGUGGCUUAUAAUGGUUAACAGGUCAUUGAGAUAUUGCAAAUGGGUUAAGUUUUCUAACACUGGAUUUUCCCAAGAAAGUGUAAAUCUGGAUUAAACUGGAAGGGGGGAAUACAGGCUGGCAUACUGAUGAAAAUUAUGUUGUGUGGACAGGUCAAAAACUUCAAUGUGUGAGGAACACUGGUCACAUGAUAAAUAACCACCUAGAAGCACCCUAACGCUCUUAGCCAUGCAGACAGGGAGGCAAAGUCUCUUUUGAUAAUGUUUGGGGAAUGAAGAGAUAAGCCCUUCCUUCCCAUGUGCUGCUUUCCCGGUAAGAAACAGACACUCCUGCACUUAUAAUUAUUUAAGGGAAAGCAGAUACAUAGCUGCAUCCUACACAAGGAAGCAAACGUCUAGUUUAACCCUAAUUGUAGACUUUCAUUGGUUGCAUCCCAGUCUUCUGGAAUCAGCUCUGGCCAAACCUUUGCUUCAGAAUCUUUCCACUGAUAUUGCAAGGCUUUGAAUCCAGCUGUAAAACACAAUUCUGUCAGUACUGGCAUGAAGAAAGAAGAAGAAGAAAAUAAAUUAAAUGCUUCUUCCAGUGACACAAGUCUCAUGAAGAAUUAACUAGGAUAAGCACUUAUUCUAUCUGGUGCACUGACAAUCUGAACAAUGCAGACAAAAAUAAUAAUUAAAACAUAGCUUCAUGCUGAGAUGAAACUUUCAAGAGUCUCAACUGUGUUGAGCUUAUGAUUUUUCUGUUUUUGUAUUUGUGAGCAUAAUUAUGUCCCCGAGGCAGCAGGAGCUAGUGCUUGUCAUCUCCCAUUUCCCCCUCCAAAGGAAGAUUAAUUUCUUUACAUAGGAAUUCAAAAGUUGACGCCAGAGCAAUAAUAAUAAAUGUAAACAAAACCUUUUAUUUUUUUAUAUUCUAAAACGCAUAAUUUAAUGGCACAGUCACAUAAAUAAUGAAAACACUACAUAUACUUUAGCCAAUUAAGGGUAAAGCUGAAAGGUAACAUUUAAUGAAGUAUUGACUCGCUAUGUCAACAAAAUGAUGGCAGACAUCUGUAUGGAUGAUAGCAUUUAGCAAAAUGCUAUAAAAUCAAUAGAGAGAAAGCAGGGAGUGGGCAGGAGCAGACUUGAUGGCUCAGAGUCCGGGUAAUGGAAUAUGGAGCCUUUUGUCCUUCCCUCACCAAUGGAGAGAGGCCGAGGUGGCUGAACAGGACAACUUUGCAAUGGCUGUUUGGAAGCCUACAUGGAAUGAGCUUCCUUUCAUAAUAGACAGGUGUUUGCAUCACAAAGUUGACUCAUGCUUCUUCAAAUUAUCCAGAAUCAGUAAAGCUAUAAACCUUUUCACACAGGCGUUAAGGUCCAGCAGAUACUCACGAAGAUGUAAGGAAUGGAAUCACAGCAGUAGGUGCAAUUUCAACGUCAACAGAACCUACACAUGUACCACUGUACAGCAUGCAAGGCUUUCUCCAAGAAAGCAGAAGCCCUAGAUUUCUCCCCCGACCUUGAAAUAAACUUAUGUAGGUCAACGUAUAUCCUCAACAUGACUAAUCAAAGUCAAUGCAUUUAAAAAAAACCUCACAAAAAAAAAACUUGUGGUGAACUCUACCUUGUCACCAAACAUGGAAAAAUCACACUCUUGCACCUAGAAGAAUUAGCAUCACCAGUGGCCAGUAUUCACAUAUAGAUUACAAUGCUCAUUCAUUUAAAAGUUUACACUGAGGUUACAAGGAGCUCAGAGCUUUUGCCAUCCAGUGGGUGACAGGCUGGUUAAAGGAUGUUACGCGGUAGCUAAUUUGUCAAAUGAUCUUGAGUAUUGAAGCCAAAGGCUCAUCCACACACUUCCACUUUCUUGCUGCUUUCCCCUGGGAAAACCUGCUCUUUACCACUGAAUCGGAGCAAACAUCAGUCAGUCGGGUUUUCCAUGGACUGAUGUUUGCUCUGAUUCAGCUGCAAAUAGGAGGUUUUCCUGGAGAAGCAAGCAGAAAACCUCUCGGACCCAUGCUUUCUAGGCAUCAGGCAAGAGAAGUGUGAAUGAGCCCCAAAAAUCUAGGCAGCAUCUUAAAAAGCAGAGACAUCACCUUGCCAACAAAGGUCCGUAUAGUUAAAGCUAUGGUUUUCACAGUAGUGAUGUAUGGAAGUGAGAGCUGGUCCAUAAAGAAGGCUGAUCGCCAAAUAAUUGAUGCUUUUGAAUUAUGGUGCUGGAGGAGACUCUUGAGAGUCCUGUGGACUGCAAGAAGAUCAAACCUAUCCAUUCUGAAGGAAAUCAGCCCUGAGUGCUCACUGGAAGGACAGAUCCUGAAGCCGAGGAUCCAAUACUUUGGCCAUCUCAUGAGAAGAGAAGAUUCCCUGGAAAAGACCCUGAUGUUGGGAAAGAUUGAGGGCACAAGGAGAAGGGGACGACAGAGGACGAGAUGGUUGGACAGUGUUCUCGAAGCUACCAGCAUGAGUUUGACCAAACUGUGGGAGGCAGUGGAAGACAGGAGUGCCUGGCGUGCUCUGGUCCAUGGGGUCACAAAGAGUCAGACAUGACUAAACGACUAAACAACAACAACAGGAAUAAUCUUGUAUGGUGUUAAAAAAGAAAAAUUUUGUUUCAUGUAUGCAUACUAAUCAGCCAUUGGAGAGUGCCUGUCUCCUAGUAAUCACAAGUGAGCCCUCCAACAGAAUGUGCGUUGCAUCCUCCCUUCUAAAAGGAUCGUUCCUGUUCAGGGUUCCGCCUAUUUCCUACAAACACAGUCAUUCUCUUCCAUUUUCCUUUCCCAAUUAUCACUCAUUUUUUGUUUUCGUCUUCCCCCUCCAUCCCUUUUGCAUUGUGUUUAUCAAGUCUGCAAACCUGUGGGUAGCGACUGUGUUGCUUUUCAUCUCUCAACAGUACAAAGAAAAUUUUAGGUAUACUCUAUAUAAUAAUUCUGAUGAUGCAGCCAUCAUUAUAUAGACAGCUGUGUGUGGAGAUAUUGCACAAAAACAUACCAUUUGUAUCUCCACACAAAGAUGCACUGCACACACAUCUGUAUCAGCAAGGACCAGACCACCCACUGCUCAUCGACAUCUUUAUCAGCAAGGACCAGACCACCCAGUGUCAGGGCUGGAGAACAAUUUUUGCACCAAGGCAUUUACUCCCAUAGGAAUGAGCGGUAAAUAUUCACUGAUAUAUGAGGGGAAAUACAUGGGGCACUUUGGCAAGGCUUCUGCAUGGUGGCUGUGGUCAUCUGGUGAGGUUCUCCUGAUGGUGCCACAAGCUCCUGCAAUUCAGCUUGUGGCUGCCCAGAGCAGGGUCUUUAGUGUAGUGGCACCUGGUACCUGGAACAUACUUCCUCUGGAAUACCAUAUCCAAUAUACAAUAAUUAAAACUAUACAUUUAAAAAUAAUAAUAAAAAUUAUUAAGUGGUUUUAUUAAUUACAUGUUUAUGAUAUUACAUUGUUUCUAAAUUACUAUGUGCUGUGCAAUAUUUAUUUUCGUACCAUAUUGACAUCUUUUAUAUUAAGUAGUUGAUACAUUUUUUUAAAUAAACAGAACAAAAGCUCCCCCCACCCCAGGACUGUAGUGAUCAUAAGAACUCCAAAACACUGCUGGACAACACUUUAUAACGUUGAUAAUUAUAACUUCCAAGGGUUAACGAAGGCUUAGCCCUGAUUCUGGGCCAGGCUGUUUUCUACACCCGCCAACCUGUUCUUCCCCCCAAAUUACUUUUUGCCGACUUCAGUUUUCGAAAAGUGAUUUCUGGCAGAUAUAAUAGAAAUUCUUCAAAAUGUAAAACAGAAGUGAAAUCUUACUAGAUAUUUAUGGGACAUGACCCAAGCUGAUCUACGUGAACGCCCCCCCCCCCCGAAGACUGAGCCCUGGGCGACUGCCCAACGAUAGCACCGGCCCUGCCCGGGACCCUCUUCUGGCGCCGGCGAAGUGCCUCUGAGCAUGUGCUGAGGGCCGUUUUUCUUACAACGCUGCCCACAUAUUUGGGGAAGGUGUCUCCAUGUCUUUGGACAAGAAAUCAAGUUCUUUUGGGAGGCCGAGGGGGUGCUUAGAAGAAAACGGUUCGCAGUAGAGAUGGAGUUGCAUGUUUUAUUUCUGUCCUCAACCUGCCCCGUUUCAGAGCAAAAGUCUGCCGCCUCCUCCAUCGGGCUGGGUUGACACGAACGGGAGGGAGAGGCGGACCCGUCCCCGCCCGAACAAGGAGGGGGGGGCUCCCUCGGACACGGAGAACCCGCCCGCCAUUAGAGGAGGAGGAGGCGGAGCCGACACGUUCAGUGAAGGUAUCGAGGCGCUGGCCGGUGUUUGGCGGGAUCCGCGCGGGGUGGGGGGUGGGGAGGAGGGGACAGAACGGAGGGAGACUUGACGGCCGCGGCGCAGCCGGCCCCUCCCACACUCGAGCGCACGCGCCUGGCCAGCCCCCAGCUAACGGCCGACCUAGCAGGAAUUCGCGCGCCCGCCCGCCCGCCAGGCUGGCGAAGGCCGGGGCUUGCUCAAGGGACGUUUUGCCCAGCUCGAAUUCCUUGCCUCCCAUUGGCCACCGCGGAAGGGCUCGGCUUCGCCAUUGGCUAGGCCCUGCUGCCAAUCUUGGUUUGUUUCGAAGUCCACGCGUCCUUUUGUCUUCGGAGGGGAGGGCGUUGAAAUGCGCCGCGGUGGCCAUAUUGCUUUAGGGUGGUGAAGUAGCCCGGGGGUGUGGGGGAGGUUAGAGUGGAGAGGAAGAAAUCUCAGCUGAGGAGGAAGAGCGACUAGCUGUAAGCCAGGGAAACAAAAAGGGGAAAGAUGAGGGGAUGUGUGUUGUUAACCUUGCUCUUCAGCAUCAUUUGUUAGGGUGCGCUUGUCGUCCCCCCACCCCCAUUUAAAGUCGUUACAGGUCCAGUUAGCUGCUUCUUGGACACCUAGUGCCGGUCUCUUUUGUGAGAUCCCGUGGCCCAUCAUCGACCUGCUUAAAUCAUCCCUGCUUAGUUGCAGGCUUGCCUUUGACGCCAAGAUUGUGGAGAGGGGAGGAAACGGGGAUUGUAUUUGGAGUGGAGGCUCUGGAUCAUAGCUGUCAACGUUUUCCCUUUUUUAAGGGAAAUUCCCUUAUUCCAAAUAGGAUUCCUCGCAAGAAAAGGGAAAAGUUGACAUCUAUGCUCUGGAUGACAGGGACGUGGGUGGCGCUGUGGGUUAAACCACAGAGCCUAGGACUUGCCGAUCAGAAGGUCGGCGGUUCGAAUCCCCGCGACGGGGUGAGCUCCUGUUGCUCGGUCCCUCCUCCUGCCAACCUAGCAGUUCGAAAGCACGUCAAAGUGCAAGUAGAUAAAUAGGUACUGCUCCGGCAGGAAGGCAAACGGCGUUUCUGUGUGCUGCUCUGGUUCGCCAGAAGCAACGUAGUCAUGCUGGCCACAUGAUCCGGAAGCUGUCUGUGGACAAACGCUGGCUCCCUCAGCCUGUAGAGCGAGAUGAGCGCGCAACCCCAGAGUCGGUCACGACUGGACCUAAUGGUCAGGGGUCCCUUUACCUUUAUGGAUGAUGAUGGCUCACUCCCACCUGACCUAGAACCAGUGCUUUCCCCCCCUAAAAAAAUGUUUAGGGGUACUCUCAUUUUCCUACUCAUACUGAAAUACUGCCCCUCAAUGAGUCCAAACUCAGAUUCACAAAAUGUUUAUGCGGAUCCCAUGAGUCCCCCCAGAAAAAAAGCACUGCCUAGAACCAGUUGGAUCUCCCAGCCAUGCUCAUGUCACUCUGACAAUGCAAUCGACCUUCUGUAGACCUGCCAAGUCUUUUGGCGUAGUUAGUGCUCAUGUACCUCUCACAAUUUGAGGGAAUGCUAAAAAACCAAUACAGCUGAGCUGGAAUGGGCUAAUCUCUUCUGAUUUGCCGCAGGGAUGCACAGAGGUUCCACAUACCUGCAGAAGAUGCACAUUGUCCACCCCACCUGAUGGAUCCCUGGAACCUAAGGGUGCUUUGCAUUUAUGUCCUCCUAAAAACUGUGGUUGGUGGUGUAUUAAAAAAAAAAGGCCAAGCUCCUCUCGGUGAAUGACACUGACUAACCUUGUUUGAUUGUGUGUGUUUGGCAGCUUUUUCUCACUGCAAGGAAAUUAUUAGAUUUCCUGAGGCUAAAAGGCUUCUUUCAGCCACAAGAUUGUCAUAGACCAGACUGGUCAAAUAUCAGUGGUGAACCACAAGAAAUAAACUAUAUUCUAGUGACUAGUGUGCAGUAUCAUAUUCCAUACAAGGUGCCACAUUUAUUUAUUUUUUCUACCUAUCAACACGAUGCCUCACAAAGUGGCACAUUCACACUUCUCACCCACAACACUCAGUCCUCUGCCAUCUCCGUUGUGUAGGUACACAGCAAGCUGCUUUCCUACCAAGUCAGACCACUGAUCCAUGUAGCUCAGUAUUGCCAACACUGACUGGCAGUGACUGCAGGAUUGUUGUUUUUAAGGCAGGAGUCCUUUCCAGCCAUACCUGGAGAUGCCAUGAGUUGAAUAUGGAACUCUUUGCAUGCAAAACAUGUGUUCUACCACUGAGCCUUGCCCUGUGGCCUUUCUUCCUCAUCCACUGGUACUGGCCGGUGCUGCUGCUGUCAGUCUGCAUGGUGUUGGCUUGGCUCCACACUCCUUUAGUUGGGUGGUAGCCCUUGAUGUUGCUCCUGGGCCAAGCUGGUGGUUAGGUUGGUGGGCUGGGCAAUGCAUGGCUAAGGAUGGAGCAAUGUGCAAGUUUGCUGCUAGAAGCAAAGUUCUAAUGUGUGAUAAGUAGUGCCACACCCAUUCCUUUCCUAAGACAUUUGUCCGUGCACCUGGAAAUGAAUUUUUCAUUGGAUUAAAGUUAAAGUUUAAUAUUGUGCUGGUAGCUGGUCUGGCCAUAAGAAAAGCAUGCAAACUUGUUUUUUUUUUUUUUAAAAAGCCAGCCUGCUAGUAGUCCUAGAAGAUGCUGCUCCCACUCUGUGCAAAUUGUGAACGUUCAGCUGGAAGUCAAUGAAAAUAAGAAUUUAAAACCAAAGUAGAAUAAGAAGGCUUAACUUUAUUACUCAGGAUUAACACAUGCAAAGAUAAAAAAAGAUUGUGUAGUGUGAUCCUAAGUAGGUUUAUGUUCCAUUGAUUUCAGUGAAACUAACUGAAUCAAACAAUCCUUAGUAUACUGUAAAUAAGACUGCAGGCAGCUGUAGUGGGUUGUUGUUUUUUUAAAACAGAAUGAAAUCAAAUAUUAAUAUGCCUAAGCUGGUUUUGUUAACGUUACUUAAAACAUAGGUCAUAGGAAACUGCCUUAUACUGAGUCUCUCCAUUGGUUCAUCUAGUUGAGUGUUUUCUACACUGAUUGGCUGUGGUUCUCCAAGAUAUCAGAUGGGACAUUCCCAGCCUUAACUGGAGAUGCCAGGGAUUGAACAUGGGACUUUAUGCAUGCAAAGUAGAUGCUCUACUGCUGAACUAUAGCUUUACCCUGGGUUAAGGGCUGAGCAUCAUAGUGGCAAUGAAUUUCUAGGUUAAGGCAGCAAUUUCUAAGAGGAGCCUUUCUCCACUUCUUUUCAGGUAUGGGCAUAAGCAUACCACUCUGCAUCCACCCCCAUUUGUUUGUUUUAAGAAAUACCUAGUUUGACCACACAAAGCAUUUAGUUCUGCAGUAUUAUUAUUGGCCAAGUUUAUUUGCUCUUGUGCUCAUUCUGUAUGAUCUGCCUACGUGGAACUCUCUGAGAUUAACAUUGCACAGAAAACUCAGGUCAGUAUCUUCAAAUAUAAAAACAGUUAAAAAUGAAGAGUAAGGCAAUGGUGCAGAUACAGUAUACAGUCCAUCUCUUGUUCAGUGGCAAAAUAUAAUCUUUUUAUUUUGAGAUUUUUUACUUUGACAUACUAAUGAGAACAUGCAGUACUAAAAGCACUUUGAGUGAAUUUUUAGGGGUGGAUAUUUUUCAGAAUCUGUGAAUGAAUGCCCAUUCAAAUUGAAAAUACUAUAAGAGUAUCAAGCUGUACUGUUUUGAAAUGCUUUUGUAGCUGUGGAGGUAAAAUAUGUUGUGUUAGCUGGAUUCCAUGUAGUGCUGUAGAGAAUGUCAUUGGAACUGAUAACCAUAGAUUAUGAUAUAUUUGUGUCUAUUCAUUUCUGGGUUGUAUGAUGGAAAUGCCCCAGGAGUCCGAUCGUGGAUUCAGUUACCAAACAUUUAGUUUAGUGUUUUGGCUGUUCCUUGCUUCUCUUUACAAAGCCGAUGAUCUUGGCAAAUUGUAAAUAGAAACCUGAGCUGAAGCAAUUUUUCAGCACAUUAGCAGCAAAUUUAGUGCUUAUGAAGAUGUGAUAGUGAAAGCAUUAGCUUUGACAAGGAAGAGGGAUGGUAUGAAGUUUAGAAGUUCUGCAUGAACCUUUGAUAUUUCAUUUUAGCUCCACGUGGUAACAUUUGCCAUUUUGUUCCUGGAUGUCCCAAGGAAAAUAUGCCAAGCUGUAUGUGAGGUGGACCGGGAGGAGGCAAUCAUUAACUUUUACUGUUCUAGCUGCAUCAGGAUUUGAAUACCUGCUUGUGCAAUUUGUAGUACAGUAGACAGUUUCAACAGGGAUCUUGGGUAUGGUGAUUGGUAUAGGUGUUUGUCUGAGUCCAGAUUUUAUAAACAAUGAAUGAGACAAUAACAUUCAUUGAACCAACUAGCCCUUAAAAUAACGUUAGUGAGCUCUUUGGUGUUCAGAAGUAAAAGAAGCCACAUCUCUAUUCCUCACCUUGCUGUCUAGAAUUAUCUAGAGGAAUAGGAAGAAGAAACAUUGAUACAAAUCAGGCCUUGCUUGAAGGAAAGCAUUCUGUGAGGUCCCAGAAAAAAAGAGUGCAAACAUCUAAUAAAUGCAAAGCAUUUCUUCAGUAUCAUCUUGCCUCACUGGGGUCUUGCAGGAUAAACAGAGAAGACAAAACAAAACAAAUUACACCCUAGAACGACAACAUAGAAUUGUCUCUGAUCUAAAUGUUGUCAUUCAGGACCAAACAACGCACUACACAUGUAAUGGUAUGGGGGGGGGGGGCUUUUGGCCUAGAAGUUGCUUUGAGAUGUGUGUCAACCUAAGAAGAGUCUUAUUGAAUCAGCCAAAGGCCUAUCUAGCCUAGCUUCCUAUUUCCUACAGUAGAAAACCAGAUACCUAUGGAAAACCCACAGGCAGGACAUGAGCACAGUAGUGAUUAUAAGCAGGGAAGUGAGGGCCUGUACUUAAUUAUUUCCGCACCCAAUAGUGCCUUACUAAACAGCUCCCACCUACCAAACUGGUAUUCCCAGCAGGUGUUUGAAAACUUCAAGAAUGGAGGGCUUUUGGGGUGGGGAAAGGGUUAAUCACGUCCUGUUUUUCAGUCUCCAGUGCUUCCCUAAUGAAAUGGCUUUUACAGCAAAAUAAGAGCAAUAGCUAUUAGGCGAUCACACACGUUUUCAGGCAGCAUGUAGUUUGGCUGUCAUACAUAAAAUUAAAAUGCUGUGUUUCUGCAUCACUCUGGAGUGCAAACCAGUUUGUCUAUAGUUAGGUUUGGCAGAUCACAGUUUUAGUAACAAAACACUCUUGAGCUGUUGUGCCUGGAGUAAAGGAUGUGUGUUGUUUUCUAUAGGAUUGUGAUGUUUUGGAAUAAGAGAUAAUCCUCCAGAAUAAGGCACAUCUGGCAGCCCAGUCUGUCGUCUGCAGCAAAUCUAUCAGCCUUGACUUGGAGAGCUGCCAUGAGACUGUUGUGAACUGAAAAAGCAUUCUGUGUACAGCUGUAUUGGCACACCUGAGCUUCAUCACCCUCCCCUUAACAUCAGAAUGAUUUUCCCCAAACACAGCAGUGCGCAGGCUUCCACUAAUUGACUCACAAGUGGCAAGUGCCUUUUCUUGUGACUCCCCCAACACCCACACCUGGUGCAAAGAUGCCCUCUACUAAGUUCUCCACGAUGCGUUCUGAAGUUGAUGGAAGGAGUUCUUUCUGGCAUCUGCAAGAGCCCAACGAUAUAAGUACCCCCGCUCUAAUUCCCUCUGAAUUCUAAUCAGUUUAUAGAACAGUCAGGAAUGGGUUGAUGUCAGUUUCAGACUCCUGUAUUGAUUAGGAAGGAAAAAGUAUUAUAAAUUUCACAGGUUCCAAAUAGCUAAGUGGAUUACUGUUUGGGAUUUCCCCCUCUACGUCUUUUUUUAAUACACAUGUAUCUUGGUUUACGAUUAAGUUGUCCUGGUCAAAGAGUGCAUUUUUUUGUUUUUAAGCAGAGAUUGUAUGGCCAUCUGUCAUGUAUGAUCUAGUUGAGAUUCCUGCAUUGCUGGUAGUUUGACUAGAUGACCCUUGUGGUCCCUUCCAACUCUACAAUUCUAAGAUUCUUUGUUUCACUUUACUGUACCAGAAAAGACAUGAGAGCAUGGGAACACUAGGAACAGGUUUACUUACAUGCAAUAAAAUCACACAGCAUUCCUUGAAGGGUAUUAGCUUAUUAGAUCAAGUGUUGGCGGCAUAAGAUCAGUGCGUCCAACAGUGUCCCCACCUGAGCAUCCAUGAUGGGGCUCCACAUCUGUAGAAUACUACUCAUCCGUCAUGGAUGCUUUAGCUGUGAUUCCUGCAUUGCUGGGGGUUGGGCAAGCCGACCCUCGGGGUCCCUUCCAACUCUACGAUUCUUUGAUUCUACACACGGUCCCAUUAAUUCAUGCCUUCAAAUGGGCUUGGGGACUUAGGCAGAUAAUGGUGCUAUGCCUUUUUAAAGUGUUUUAUAGUUUAAACUAUUUUCCUGUUAUGCUGGUCUGCUAUUGGUGUUGAUAAUUUUAUUGUGGGAUUUCAGUGUUGUACAGUGUUUUGAUUCUGAUAUAGGAAGCUGCCUUGAGAAGGAAACAAGCUCAUCUUGUAGGGUGGCCAUUUGGGUACACAAGUGUGAAAACUGUUCUGGUGCAAAAGCCUCAAGAGGUCAGAUGAGGCCUUCUUCUGAUUUAAAUGGCAAUCCAUUAUAGUGCUCUGCUGUGCUCAUGGCAACGCCUACUAAACCACUCAUCUUCAGUUUAGGGAACAGGAUGUCUUAUGAAACCUUGGGGAAAGUUUUAUUGAAGUUAACUUCUCAAUCCGUAAGGAAAUCCCUUAUCUGUCAAACACAAGUGGAAAUGGAUAACCACUUACCAUGUGAUUGGUGCUUAAAACAUGCCACAUGCUGUUUUUAGAAAGCUGCAUGGGGGAAGGACUAACAUGGGGGGCAGUCAGGAAGUCGGGCUUGUAUAUCUCAUGAAGCUGUCGCCAUAACUCAAGCAUCGUCUUGCCUAUAGUCUAAAGUGGCCAAGUCUCCUGUCCUCGAUGUCUUCUACCUCCUUCUGCAUAUGUAGACCAUGCGCAGGGCAGGUGCAAAGUCACCAUGACUGACAAGGAAAGGGCUGUAGCUCAUUGGCAGAGCAUCUGCUUUGCAUACAGAAGGUUCUGGGUUCAAUGCUCAUUUCCAGGUAGGGCUGGGAAUGCCUCUUGUCUGAAAUCCUAGACUACUGAGCCAAUGCUCAUUAAUUCAGUAGGAAGCAGCUUCCUAUUUCUCUCCAUGUAGUUAGAACUGUAACGGGAGGCUUUUAAAAAUAACAACUACCUGGUAGUAUGAUGCCUUUGACUACCAAUGGUGGUCAAAGGAUGAACUGGAUUGUUUUGGGCAGCUUUUUAAAAAUAAUAAUAAUAAUAAUAAUAAUAAUGCAAAGUUUUGUUAACAUUCCACAGCAUUGGUUAACAAACCAUAAAUUUCAACACAGCCCACCUAUCUUCCUCUUUUGACUCAUCCCCUGAUGUUAAGCAAAACAAAAAGCGAAAAAGAAAUGAAACCAAGAGAAGGAACACUGAAUAUUGUGUGUGUGAUGAUAUAAUUUUAAAGCUGUGUUUGUUUAAUUCAUAUGUAAUUUUCCAAUGUGGAAUGAAUGCCAUGUGAAGAAAAAGACAAAGGGAUUGUGUGUGUGUAUGUGAAGAAAAGUUAUUCCCAGGGUGUAGUAUACAACGAAUCACAACUCAAAAGAGCUACAAAAAGUUAUCUUCUCUCCAUUAAAUAACUUGAAUGAUUACACACUUUCUUUUUGAUGUUUUAAACAUGGUGCGAUGUGUGCACCUUGGCAGCCUUGAUGACCCAUAGACUGGAACCCUGCAAAAAUCAUUAUGAUAACGGAACUGCUUUAGAAGCCUCAGAUGAUUUUGAAAACAUGUGAUCGAUGACCUUUAUUGCUACGGCUUUUAUUUCAGUUAUUUCCCCUCCUGCAUCAAAGGAAAUAAAAUUCAAAGGGGGUUUGUGAGUGUUAAGGAUAAAAGAGGGAAUUAAACCGUUUCCAUAUCAUGUUUGCUGCUGAUCUCCUUAAUCACUAGGGCAGAAGAAAUAAUUACCUCUAGUAGCUUUUAUUUAUUUAUUUUAUAUACAUGGAAGUGUGCUGUAUUUUUAUAUUGCCUAACAGUGGCAGAUUCCUGAACUCUGCCAGUUUAACUUUUAAUAAUACUCAACAUGGCACAGUUCUGUAUUUGUGCUCAGGCUGUUUACAUAAUAUGAUCAUCCUGCUGGAUCUUCUGUCGCCUGGUAUUUUUUUCCACCAAAGCUGGCUGCAUGUACUCCAUCCUGUAAAACCCCGAGGGGAGCAGAACGUGCAGAAGAGCUGAUAUCCCUCCUACCCCCACAAUACAAAUUUAAGUUGCAGUAAGAGAACAUGCAGUCCUUGGGUUGUCCCAAGGUUAAGAGUUCCUACAGCAUAGCGAUCUUCGAAACUAUUUUGCUUAACAUGCAGCCUCGCCCGGCAGAAGGAGGAAAACGGCAUUGCUAACAAGUGGUGAAUAAUCGUUGCCUUUGUGACUGCUUGUAAGUUUCCCAUUUGGUUGGCCAAGGUGGGAAGCAGGAUGCCCGACGAGGUGGACCUUUACUUUGAUCUAGCAAGACCCUUCCUACAUUGUUAUGAAAGCCAAAGGAACUUCAGGGUGUCCACAGAGCCCGUCACUGUGAUCCUAAACAAUUGCAGUGACAUGUCUGGCAGCAAUGCUGCGAGGCAUGUUGUUCACAGAUUUAUACUGAUGAAGCCUAAAGGUACAUUUGCGUACGCCUCCUGUAAGUCAAUGCAAAACAGCAAAAAGAAAAAAGGAAAAAAGAUCAAUAUGUUUAUAUUAGCAAAUAUACUUGUCACCCAUCCUAGUAACCCUUGCAGUUCUUUGCUCCAACACAGGAAUUUGGGAGUGGGUUGUUUAAUGCCGAACAGUUGGGUAGACUGCUGUUUGCACAUUUUUCUUACUUUUUUUGUACAGACAACAAUUGGAAAACUAACUUUUUUUGUGAGGAGGGGGAUUAAAAUGGAAUCGUCAUAGAAGGAGCUUUUAAUAUUACCGAAGCCCCUCACAGCUGUCAUUGCAAUCCAGAAUGCAAGUGUGGUAGAUGAAAUAACCCACAGUGAGCACAUAUGCAUGCAUAGCAAGUCUUUGGAUCAAGCCCUUCCUAUUUCAAUGUAGCAGAUGUUGAAAACUCUAAUAUUGCUUUGCAAAGAGGAAACGACAGCUAAAUAACAUUUAUGAAUGCAUCAACCAUGCUUUUCCUGUUAAUGGAAAAAGCAUAAUGUUUGUGUUGUUGGCGUGCAAGCUGUGUGUGUAUAUGUGAUUGAUAUAUAAUUACACACAAAACACGCACACACACAUUCUCCCUAUUUAUAACAUUGUGGAUGUUACCAAGAAAAAAAAACGUUGCUAAAAUAUUGUUUCUUCAUUUUAGGCACAUUGUUUCCAAUUUUUUUAUCGAUGCACUAGAACCUUAUUAAUUAAACUGUCUGGAAAAGGUUAGCUUUAUUUACACUCAGGAUUAUUUGGGAAUGCACAGCAUCCUGCAUAUGCUGUGCCUACUUCUCAUAGCUAGUUGUUUGUAUAUGACUGUUUCCCCUCCUCCACAAAAAAGCAAUGCUCAGGAUGGUAGUCUGCUGUGAGGCUUAUCGCUGAUUUCCACAUCAUUGAAAAAUGGGGAUUAUCUCUGAUUCCCACAGCCUAAAUGGCAUUCACACAGCAUUCACAUAAUACUCCACGGCUACUGUCUAUCUUUUAUAUGGAGUCGAGGAAGAUGUCUUACACCAGGUCAGACUCUUUGUCCAUCGUGACCUAUAUAUAGCUUACUUGGAUUGGCAGUGGCUCUCCAGGGUCUUGGGCAAACAAGGUCUUUCUCAUCAUCGGCCAUUUGUUCCUUAAAAAAAGAAAACCAGAGACACUAAGAAUUGAACUUGGUACCUUCUGUGCCCAUGCUCUGUAUCUAAGACGUGGUAGUUUCCCAGCAAUAUGUUCAAAGUGCAACAUGAUAUGCCUCACAUUUGCCAUUGUUGAGCUCCCACAGGCAGUCUUUUACCUCUCUUUUACCUCGGAUACUGCACAUGGACCACCAAACCCAACACUUUCCCUUGACAAUGAAGUAAGAGCAUAAUAGUUUUGUCAUGUGGUGUCAGGCUAAGACCCAUCUAGUCCAGCACUUGUUUGUUUUGAAGAGUGUCUUUCCAGAUGUUUCUGGGGGUUCCACAACCAGGACAUGAUAAUGUUUUCCAACCCCUGCUGCCGCUGCUAUUGUUACUCAUUUGUAUUCCGCUCUUCAUCCGAAGAUCACAGGGUGGUUCACAGCAUAAAACUACAAAAUGAGAACACAAAAUACAUGAUAAACCGAAACCCAACCAAAUAACCCCCAUCCCACAAACACAUUUAGAAGGCCAUAGAAUGUUAAUCAGCCAAAGAUCUGGUUAUAGAGAAUCAUGUUUGCCUGGCGCCUAAAGAUAUGUAAUGAAGGCGCCAGGCAAGCGUACCUGGAGAGAGCAUUCCACAAACUGGGAGCCAGCACAGAAAAGGCACAUUCUUGUGUUGCCACCCUCUGCACCUCUCAUGGAGGUGACACACAAAGAAAGGCCUCUGAUGGUUACUGCUGUUCAUUUCUAGCACCUGAUAAUCAACAGGUCACUGCUUCUAAAAAUGGAUGGUACACUUAGUUAAAAUGACCAGUAAUCAUGGUUAGAUUCCCAUAAAUAGGUCUAAUUCUUUUUAAAGUAUGCUAAGCUGUUGGCCACCAUAAUAGCUUGGAAUAAGAAUGAUCUGAGUAUGAAUUUCAUAAAUUAUUUUUUUCUAUGCUGUUCUAGAGGUUAAUUACACAUAGAUGAUAGCCCAACCUUCUUUUGAAAUGAUUGGAAGAAAGAAACUCCAUAGCUCACCAGGCAAUUUAUUCCCUUACUGACCUGCCAUUGUGGUUAACUAAAAUUGAUCUUUCUGCAGAAGAAGGAACAAUGGCUUGUUCUAUUGCAUGGGAUAAGCUAUUGUUCUCCCCUUAUUUCUGCAUUAGCUGCUGGGCCAUAGCCUAAAAACUUGGCUCAUUUGGUUAGCGCGAAUUCUUAAUUCAUUUUCUAUAUAAUGAAGGACUGCCUUCAAGAUUUCAUUAUCUUUAUGAUCAAAAAAAAUUUGGUGUUAAUAUUUAAGUAUCUUCCACUAUUGAGGAACCCAAAUCUAUUAUAAAAGACCUAGUCUAAUUUUCAUGAAAUUUUGUGUGCCAGUAGAUAUUGCUAUGUACACUGGAAGUCCCGUUGGACCUUAUUAUUCUUAUUAAUCAUUUAUAUGGGACCAUAAAUGUGUAAAGCACAGUGCCAUGUAGUUUAUAGCUUUUAUAUUCAUUUUUAUUAUAUUACUCAUUCACUGUGUGUGUGUAUAUAUAUAUAUGAAUGGGAAUGUGUGAUUCCUGAGAUAGUGAGGAACAAGGUGAUAAAUUUCCUCUAAAUGUAAAAAUAAUGGGUACUUCAUGAGUGGCAAGAUCAAAUAUAUUCUCCUAGAGGCUGUGCAUAAAUUAUAUAACUUUUUCUAAAGUGAACCAAACUCUAUUCUUCCAUUUGCAACGCUGGGGAAAAAACAAUCUGCUGUGCAAAAUUAAGGGGUCUCAUCAUUUCUGGACGGACUUGCAUCACUCACACCUGAUUGGACAUUAAGAUUUCACCAAGACUGUCCCAGGCUAUUGAAAUGAGAAUCCCAAUAAGGUCAGAAAUAUAUACUUGAAAAAGUACAUAGGUCAUGAUUCAACGUAUCCAUUUCUAAGCUGGUUAUAGAAUUCACCAUCUGACAUAUAGGUCCUUUAAAAUAACCAAAGGGAUUCGACAGUGAAUUAUGCCCUGCCACAUGUUGAGGAAAGCACUUGGCUUUAAAGGAGUGAGUGAUGUUUCAGAGCAUGAUUCAUGGGGAUCAAGUAAGAGACAGUGCAGUUUUCCUUUUGUACCUGCUUCAGAUUCUGUUGCUACCACCGUAGGCAAAAUGGCGGGCAGGCCUGGGGUGUGGGUCAGCUGUUACCACUGCUGCUAUAGUGUUUAAAUGACUAUGGUCCAGGUACAGUGGUACCUUGGUUCCCAAACGCCUCGAUACUCAAAUGCCUUGGUUCCCAAAUGCCAAAAACCCGGAAGUAAGUGUUCUGGUUUUCAAACAUUUUUCGGAAGCCAAAUGUUCGAUGCAGUUGUUGGUUAUUGUUUCUGGGGCGCCUGCACCAAUCAGAAGCUGUGCCUUGGUUUCUGAACAUUUUGGAAGUCAAACAGACCUCCGGAAGGAAUUAAGUUUGGCGCUUUUGUUUUGCUAUUUGUUUUGCGUUUUUGUUUUUGAGGCUUUUUCAGUUAAUUUGUUUUUGUGACUGUGUGGAAUUCAGUUCAGCUACUGAUUGAUUGAUUGAUUGAUCCAAACAAUGAUUAUCAUCAGUGCAGUUAAGAAAAAGAAUUGAUUUUAAAUUUUAUCAUCUACAAUACUUAUUUAUUUUAUAGUACAGUACAUUGAUUGUUGCUUUCGUUUUAUGGCUCAAUGGUCUCGUUAGAUAGCAAAAUUCAUGUUAAAUUGCUGUUUUAGGGGUUGUUUUUAAAAGUCUGGAACGGAUUAAUCCAUUUUACAUUACUUUCUAUGGGAAAGCAUGCCUUGAUUUUGGAGCGGACUUCCGGAACGGAUUAAGUUUGAGAACCAAGGUACCACUGUACUGGAUUAUAAGGGGAACAGGCUUUCACAACCACGUGACUCAUCUUUUCACAUGUCUUCAUGGUAAGAGUGAUCUCUGCCAGUCAGGGAUCGUGUAAGUGAGAGUGAUAACAGAACACUAUACAACUGGUCAGAUAUAGCCAUGUGACAACAUCACCAAGCCUAUUCAGAGGAUACAGUGGUGCCCCGCAAGACGAAUGCCUCGCAAGACGGAAAACCCGCUAGACGAAAGGGUUUUCCGUUUUGGAGGUGCUUCGCAAAACGAAUUUCCUAUGUGCUUGCUUCGCAAGACGAAAAUGUCUUGCGAGUUCCUGCGGGGUUUUUUUCCUUUCCCCCCCUUUUUCCCAAGCCGCUAAACCGCUUAUCAGCUGAUGGCUAAGCCACUUAUCAGCUGAUCUUUAAGCCGCUUAACAGCUGAUGCUAAGCCGCUUAUCAGCUGAUCUUUAAGCCGCUUAACAGCUGAUGGUUAAGCCGCUUAUCAGCUGAUCUUUAAGCCGCUUAACAGCUGAUGCUAAGCCGCUUAUCAGCUGGUCUUUAAGCCGCUUAACAGCUGAUGCUAAGCCGCUUAUCAGCUGAUCGUUAAGCCGCUUAUCAGCUGAUCUUUAAGCCGGCUAAGCCGCUAAUACUGUAGCGCUAAGCGCUAAACCUCUAAUGGGCUUGCUUCGCAAGACGAAAAAACCCGCAAGACGAAGAGACUCGCGGAACGGAUUCUUUUCGUCUUGCGAGGCACCACUGUAGUUAUGUUUCCUGAACUGACAUUGCCAUCACUCUGAAUGGGCAAGCCUUUUCAUUCCCUAUACAGACCUUCAGGAAGCUUUUCAUACCUGCAUAAAGCAUUCACAAAUAAUGUUCCUAUUACUUUUUGACUCAGGCCUUCCAAAAGCUUCUUCUCAACUCUCCUUUGCUGGAAAAGAAAAAGAAAGAUAAUUAUUGUUUCGGUUUCAAUCACCAUCUUUUUAUUACUCUUUGGUAAUAGUACAGCGGGGAAAGGAUUGAACUCAUUUCUUGUUUACUUAAAAAAACAACCCUCAGUGGUUUGCAUCAUUUUACAGAAACCAUUUUAGUUUAAUGAAAGGCUGACAGUUUUCUUUUCAAAGUAUUUCAUGAGGUGUAAAAAACUGAUACAAUGAAAACCAUUCCUGAGCAGGAUUCAUAAAUAAUGAAUAUAUUUUCUUAUUAAUCCAUAUUUUAGUUUAACUUGGGCUCAUAGCAACUUAGUUCCUCAGGGAAUGCAGGUUUUAGUUUUUGGUGUAGUUUUUUUCUACAAGGGAAGGUGAUGAGCUAUGGUCCCCUGGGAAUUAAAUUGUGAAAACAAUCUCGGUUUCGUACAUGCUAAUAUAGAUCUGUUAUUCCCUUUCCACAUCUAUUGCAAGACAUUUUAAAUUGUGGCUGAUCUUUUAUGCAAAUAGCUGUCUUAUUAGACAUUGUGGCUGUAUGUGCUAAUGUCUCUCUGGGUUUCUUGGGAGUUUGCUAUCUAACCAUCAAAGCAGUCGAAAUGAAUGAUGAUUACUGCACAGCUUUGAAGAACAAAGAAAAGUCACAGCAAUUUUAGAGGUCUUGGUUACUGCAAAAUCAGUGACAGCUUGAACCACACAGACAUCCAGGAGGGUCUCUGUGGCUCAUAUUAACUAGGCCAAACUUUUUUGUUUUGUUUUUUUUUUUAAAGAAGAAAAUAGAUAUUAUUUUUUUGCUUCAUAGUUUACUGGCAGCUGCAAAAAGUGCAGUCUUUUUUCACUGCUGACAUUUUGUUGCAAAUGUUCCAAGGGUAUUGAAUUAGCAAAAGGCAAUUAAAAAACCCUAUUUCUUCAAGCAAAUAAAGUAAGCUGUGAACUGGAUGUUGCACAUAAAAGUUUGUGUAUCAUCAACUUUACUAGCCUUUGUUCCUGUUUUGUGUCAUCUGGAAUAUGGCAGCAUUGCAGAUUUGACGGGGGGGAGGGGAGACAAACACAUAGGUCUCUGUGUGAGGUGAGGUGUAGGAUUGGUGGGUGAGGAGGUUAUCCUUAUUGCAUUCAUUAUAUUACACGGGUCACAUCUACAUUAUGAAUCUGCAUCAGUUUCAUAACACUUAGAACUUCCCAUAAAGAAUCCAGGGAAUUGUAAUGUGGCUGGGAUUCUAGCAGUUCUGUAGCCCCCCUUCCCUGACUGAACCACAUUCCUAGGUUUUCCUGAGAAAAGGGAGAGGGAGAGACUGUUAAACCCGUUUUCAUAGAACCAUAGGGUUGGAUCAUCUCGUCCAACUCCCUGCUAUGCCGGACUCUUUUGCCCAACGUGGGACUCUAACCCACAACCCUGAGAUUAAGAGUCUCUACAGUUCUACCAACUGAACUAUCUUCCAGUAUUCUUUUAAGUCUGUAGUGUGCCUUUGUAGAGAGCUGAUGAUGAAUAGCCACGUAGUCUAUAAAGUUAUUGCGAAGGACUGUGUCGCAUUUGUUGAUGUGAAACGUGUUGGGUUAGAUCAAGAAUGGGGAAUUUCAGGCACCAUGGGGGGAAAUGUCAGCCUCUAAGCCUCUCUGACUGAUCCCCAGGCCAGAUCCUCUCCCCAGCCACACCUACCUGCUGUCUCUCUCACACGUCCUUUAGUGUUUUCCUCUAGGUGUGUCCCUGGACUCUGAUAAUGUCCCUUGCUUCCCUGAUGGAGGACUGUGAGGGGUGUGUAGGAGCUAACGCACUGUACAAAGGUGAAAUUUACAUUAAUUGCUCCACCCACUUGGAAUCAUAGAAUCGUGUGUGCAUCUGUGUAGUUAUUUCUUGAGUCAAUUAUUAGAUGUAUUGGUAUGCUACCCUUUUCUGCAAGGACAGCAUUCAGGAUGACUCACACCACUUACAACCAUAGAUAUUGAUAAACUCUUUCCCUCUUUCCUCACAGAGUUCUGAGACACAUAAAAAAAUGGGUAGAAAAGAUUCUUCUUCUGCAAGAGCUCCUGUUGAGCAGCACAGAAAACAAAUAGGUAAAACAUUUCCCUUUUUACUUAAUAUAUUUGUUUCUCUUUUUAGUUUUUGUGAGUGCUGCAUUCCUGUAGGAAUGAUAGUGAGUUCUAAAGCAGAUUACAGUGGUACCUCGGGAUGCGAAUGGGAUCCGUUCCGGAGCCCCGUUCGCAUCCUGAACAGAAUGUAAGACGCGACAGCGCGUCUGUGCGUUGGAGGGUCGCAUUUUGCCACUUCCGCGCAUGCGUGUGAUGUAAUUUUGACUGUCUUUGCAUGCGCGAGCGGCGAAACCCAGAAGUAACGCGCUCCAUUACUUCUGGGUUGCCGCGGAGCACAACCCGAAAGCUCUCAACCUGAAGCGUAUUUAUCCCGAGGUAUAACUGUAUUUUAACUGCCUUCUAACAACAUGUUUUGAACUGACUCAACUUUCUAAUGCACGUUGCUGGACUAUCAUUCUUGACUGUUCGCCAUUAGUCUCAAGCCGAUGAGAGUUGGAGAUCAACAACAUCUGGAGAGCCACAGGUUAACCACCCUGCUGUAAUGGUUUCACUGGAUAUGAUGUACUCUCAGAUUAACUCAAAGUAUUGGAGGCAAAGUGAAACUCAGUGUAAUAACGUAGCUCUUUUGGUUAAAAGAAGAGUAGUUGGAUAUAGCACAUACCAAAUUGAUUAAUGGUGAGGGUGGCUUGAACUGUGGGUUGUUUGAAUAUAGAGAAUCUGUUGCAUUGAGGCUGCAUUCACACUAAGUCUGGACCUGUUAUGAUGUGAACAUGUGAUUGCUUCACUGUGCAUCCAAUUCUCCAGUUUCCCGUGUGGGCAUUAUCCUGCAUUGCUACAGCACAUUAGCCAGAGAAUCAGAUGCUGCUGCUCUUGGUGGGCUGUACCGCAUUAGACUGAAAGCUGUAAAUUAGAUUAUCAUACAAAAAAUGUAUCUGCACAUUUAGAAAUAGUUGCCGGGAAGAAGACGAGGCAUUGUUUUGCAUUUGUAGAGAAGCCAUUGUAUAUGAUUGAGCAUUCACAGUGUGAUUCCCCACUUGCAGUCGGAAAUGGUGCGACCCAGCAUGAGCCAAAUCAGCACAGUGAGUUGUUCAGCAAAGGUGUGCUGGGAUGUGGACUGGAACUGAAAAACAGAGGUUUGGGUGCAAUUAAUUACACAUGUGCUUCACUGCAGGCCCAAACUCUGACACUGUUUUUUCCAUCUGCAUCUGAAUGAGAGUUGGCCUUCAUUCUGAAACCAAAUAGCUUGCAGGCCGUUCCAGAGGAUUGAAUCCAGGUUACACAACUUAUUUGCCAUAGUUUGUUGCAGUGACAAACAUCAAUUACUAGGUAUUCUUCUUCCGCCUAACUUGUCCUCACUUAAGGCAAGUCAAACUGAAAAAAGAAAUAAGAAUGAAUGUUCUGAUUCAGAUGGGGGAAGACUUCUAGAUCAGGGUAGAUUUCACGUGGCCCAUUGCUUUUCCUUCUCCUGUAUGGACUGUAGAGCUCUGCUUCAAUUUUCUAUCAGGAGAAUUAAAGUCUUUUUUUUUAAAAAAAAAAUGGACACAAAACCUUACUUUGUUCUCACAUUAUCUGUUUAAGUACCUCAGUUACCAUAGGUUUCAUCUGCUAGAGUUUAUAUGGCAUGCACACACCACCACCUUGGCAUUUUUUGUGUGGAUAGCAGACAGAAAGGCUUUCUGCACAACUACUCCAAAUAUCCAAACAGUAUUUAGUCUCGGUGCAUUAACUCCUGCAGGUACCUCUUCAGUUACAAUAGUGGAAUCAGGGAGACUGCAGAGUUUUCAUUCCCACUGCAUCAUCUCCAAUAUGGAAGCUUUGUAGGGUGUUUCAGAUUUCCGUGGAAUUUACCAACGACUUCAAGUAUUUUUCCUCCUCCCCACCCUCCCACUUGGUUGUGCAACGGUUUGCACAACCAGCAGUCAGUUCUGGAAAAUUCAACCCUGAUUGCUCCUUAUCGGGUUUGCAUACAAUACUUGCUUCCUGCCUCUGCAAUAAAUGCAAGGAGUUGCCAAAUUGGCUCAAGCUAGUUAAUUUCACCUCUACUGUGAAAUGACUUCUCUGAACUCAAGCAUGUCAGUUUCAAACUGUCUCUUUGUAGCCCUUGUGGAACUUUUUUGGGUUGUUACAUAGCCAGCUGCAUCUAUUUUUUCCUCUGUCUGAGCUGCAUGCUCCAGAGCUUGCACAUCCAGCCACUGAUUAUUUUUAUAUCCUUGUGGGAAUUAUAUCGAAUAGAAUUAGACACCACAAAGCAUUAGGAUACUUUCCCGUGCUAACAGAACAGCAGUAAUUGCAAUGGAGAUUGAAUCAGGAGAAUUCAUGUGUCAUCCUAAGUAGAAUAUCGUGUUUGCACACAGUAGAUUGGGGACAACCUGAAGCACAAAAUUCCCAUGAGCAUCAAGCCCUAGUUUUCUGGGCGUCUGAUGGCCGAGCGAAGGACUCAGAUACCGGGGGUGGGGAGCAUUUCUUAAGCUGAAAUGCUGCUGUUGCAGUAUUCAUUACAAUCUGAAAUGGAGAAGAAAUUUUUAGGGAAAUAGGUGCUUGAAUUGUCAUUCUACCAAACAUUACGAACAGUCCAGGUUCAUAUUCUGAGACAGGUAAUUAUAAUGAUAAUUUAUUUAAUCAUGAACUUCACUGACAUAACUAACAGCAACACAAAAACGGCUAACACGAUAGUAAGGUAUUGCUGUGGUUCUUAGUAAAGAUGGCUGAAUAAGUACUUUUGCACUGGAGUUGUACAGCAGAGGGAUUUGCAGCCAUUAAUAAUUUGAAUUCAGAAAACAUAAAAGAGGCUUACCAAAUUAGUUUAGACUUUGGGGGGUGUAAAGUUGUGAAUCAUCGCAAAACACCACAAAAAUGGUCUGUUAAUUGCACAACACUUAAAUGCACCACAAGGCAUUCAGAGUGGAACUGGUUGCCUGCUCUUACAUUUUUGCACAUAUUAGAUAAUAUCAAGGCAUAUUGUAAGCUUGGGGAAAACCUUUGGAUCAAAAGGGGGGAUAUAUAGUAUUAGUAUCUCAAUUUAUCAUUAAUUGAUUGGUUUUAGUAGUCACACCAAAAGAAAAACUACGUAAAGAGAACCAAAGCCUGUGCUGUCAGGUAUUUAUGUUAGGUAGCACAAAUUCAUAUUCAUUAACUACUGAGAAUCAAUUUACAGACAGCCAAGGCUUGUCUUUAAUCCAUUGUUUCAAGUCAGGGAAGUUCUCUCCAUGAACUCUUCUUCAUUGCAGCUGUUCUAGUUAAGCAAGUGUGUUAUUUACUGGGAUGCUGAUUACGUUCUAUGAUAUUAUUAAUCUGAAAACCACCAUCGACAUCACCAGUGUAACGGGGAUGCAAAAUGUGGACUGCAACUGCUCUGAAUACAUAAAUAGCUUCCUUUCUUUAAAAAAGACCUUCUCCUGUUUAAUUUAGAACACAUGUCCUCCUGAACAAUCACUGUCAUGUGGACUUUCUGCUUCUACCUUAGAAGAAGGAGAGAGGGAUUGUGUCGACAGUGUUUUCUCCUCCCAUUGGAGGUGGGCUGUCACAUAUUCCAACCAGCAGUAACUCCAUGCUCCAUUGGUAACAUUCAGCUUCUCCAGAAAGAUUAGAUAAGAGCAGUGUGUACUUGGUCCUAACACCAAUUAAGAGCAUGACCCAUAAGGAUGUAGGAGGCUGCCUUAUACCAAAUCAGACCAUUGGUCCUUCUAGCGCAGUAUUGUUGACACUGAUUGUCAGCGGUUCUCCAGAGUUUCAGAGAGGAGUCAUUCUCAGCCCUUCCUGAAGAUGCAAGGGGUUGUACUUGAUGCAUUCUGCAUGCAAGGCAACUGGUUUACCAUUAAUCUACAGCCAUUCCUUGUAGACAUACAUUACCAACAUGUGGAAGAAUUAGCCACAGAGCUCCUGCUCCCUUUGUGUACAGUUGUGCAUGGAAGCAGCACACUGGGGCAUUAUGAGGAUUGGGGUGACAUGAAAAAGAGGGUGCUUACUGCCCCUCCCUGAUUCCUUCUGCUACCUCUGUGUUCAGUUUUGAAAAGUCGUAAAAGAGAAGAAGGGGCAUGUCUUCCACAAACCUGGACUAUAUUCCUUGCGUUGCAAAUGAACACAUCCGAAGUUCCGAGGUAUUUCUGCCAUGUGUGUUAUUCUAGUUUAUUUUAAAGAGAAUGGAUGCUAUUUCCAUCACAGCCAACUGUACAAUUCAAAAGAAUGGAAGAAUACGAUCAUGAAUUAAACAGGUUGUUUCCUUUUGUUGAAGUGAAUAGGAAAUUCAUGCUGAGUGACUGUAGUAACUAUUAACCUUUGUCAUGCAUCCCUUGAGCUCCCAGCACAAAACAGUAAAACCAUCAAAGUGACACAGGUUAAAGAAGCAGAAAUGUGCUUGUUUCCAGCACGGCACUUUUUAACAGUACAGUAUUUUUAACCUGUCAAAUAAAUACCUGAUUGUCACUGAUGUAUCUUACAGUCAUAUAAAACUUAUGAACCACAAUAUAUAUACUUUGAGGGGUUUUUUUGUUUUUUGUUCGUUUUUUAAGUGCCUGAUGCCUCUUGCCAGUUUCCCACUCUCACAUUGGCUGAAGCUGCUGUGAUGUCACAAAUGAUCCUGACUGCUGUGGGUGAAGGACUAGUUUAUAGAAUGCUGGAAAUCAGUAAAAUUUGGAGAGAAAAUGAAGCUUUAGUUUGGCUUGGCAUGUGUGCAUCCUUCACACAUGUAAUACAGACUUUGUACUGCAUGGGGGUUAGAGAGAUGGAUUAGUGGGUAGCAUGCAGGGGCUUGAGGGAUGAUGUGGGACAUUAAGAAGGCAGGGAUAUAUAAUCCUCACAAAAAGGUUAUAGACAAACGGGGUGUGUUGUUACUGGGAAGAAGUACUGAGUAUGCACUACCUGCACCUUGUGGCUAGUAGUCGUAUGACAAAACAAUAAGAAAGUCAACAUGUGACAUUCAUGGAGCACAGUUCCAGUCUCAACACUGUAAUAAUAGAUUCUUUAUUGUGCCUUGGGAUGAACAGCUAGGUGGAGGGUCUGUUUUCUCUAUCUUGACUGUCAUGAUCACAAGCCUAUUUUCCAUGAAUUCAUCUGACUGGCUUUGAAGAUUUUGAAAGCUGACCAUUUUUUAUUUUUUAUUAAUAAGGCUUUUGUGCAUGUGCCCUGCCAUGGCCUGUGUUUAAUUCCAGAAAGUGAAAUCGUUAUGCAUUUGUCUAUAAAUAUUUAAUACUAAUUUUUUAUAAAUGAGAAAUUGAUUUUGAAGUCCGGUAAUAGCAAGAGUCAAUUUGAAAGAGGUUCUUUUGCAAUUGUUUUCCAUACUAGUAGUAAAUAUAAUUUAUGAGCCUUUUUAUAACAUGCCAUCAGGGAGAUGGCUCUUGCAAUACAUUAUGAUAGUGAACCAAUAAUUACACUUAAUACUUUUUCAUAUGUGUAGCACCUUGUAUCCAACAAAGUCCAAAUGCUUUACAAGGACUACUUGACUGUUUGAUUACCUGGUUACGUUUCAGAAAGUAGACAGUUGAUGCAACUUGGAUUAAUUUUAAUUGGGCUGGACUACUUUUGUCCUGGUUUGUUUUUUUUAAAGACGGUGAGCCUGGUCUGCCUAAAUUGGGAGUUGUGAAGAGUAGGUAUAUACUCAGAAGUGUUCUCCCCAACUCUGAAUUGGUUAGUUGUCACAUGAUGGUUUGAAGAACGGUUUCUGGAAUCACUGAUCUGAAAAGGCAAAGGAAGAACAGGCAGCCUUAAAGGAGUCACCUCUCUUUCAGUUUCUGCCUUGUGCACUGCAUGCAGUGGCAUUCAGGAACUGGUUCCUUGGGGGAUCUGGCUCAGGGGCUGCUGUCUCCAGGGGUUCUUAAUUUAGGCUUCUCUGGCCCAAGGGAUCCUGACUGACAGGCUCUGGAUUGCCCCCAGAGUUUGCACUGUCUCCUCAAUUCAGCUGAUUCCUUAUUUGUCAAGAGUCCGGGCCACUGAUCCGGGUUGGAGGCCAUGGCAGCCUCUUUUCUGUGUUUUGCGGCCGAGAAGAAUUCUAGUGGAUCUUUUACUCCUGCAUUUAUUAUUUAUUUCUAGAGCAGCACAGUAGCUUUUGGUGCUGCACGUGGAUCCAAAGAAAAGCUACAGAUCCCAACCUCAAGCUUAUGCUCUAGAAAUGAUAAUAAUCAACAAACACAGCAAAUGAACAGAAAGGUAGAGGGGGGAGAUGAGUUUGAGAAUGCCAGAGUUGAAUAAGGUGAGUUUUUAAUUGGUGUUUCUACACACAUGAGUUGAAGGAGACCGAUGGCAGGAAGAAGUUCCAAAUGUCAGGAAGCAGCAGGGAAAAAAUGUACUUUGGGGGUUCAUGGAAGAGGAAGGGAAGAGAGAAGGGAUAUGGAGAGAGGGAGGAGUUGGCAGAAGAGGAAGAAAGAGACUGAAGACCUCUGGAAGGCAAUAGAAGUCUUAAAAGAAUGUGAGAGGAGGGAAGAAGGGAGCCUAGUGUAGUGGAGUGAUGUAACAAUGAGCAGAAUAGAGAGAGACGAAACUCAAGACUGAAGAUUUGAAGGAAGAGACAAAAGAGGGUUGUAGCAGCCAAUGCAAAAAAAUCACGGAGAGUGAAUAUGAACAUUAGUUCAUCAUUCUGUUUUAAAACUCCAGUGUGGUACAUGUAGAAACUGCAAAGAAGAGAGCCACAAGGCCCAGCAGUUGAGGGAAGGCAUGGGGAGCGGAGAUGGAGAGGAAACAAAGACCAGACCAACAGCCUCCGAGUAAGAUUGUCCUGAAACCAUCCUGCUUCAGAGUUGUCUCCCCAGCUCAUUGACGCUGUGUCCUCUUCACUCAUACAGUGACAUAGGUGCCCUAAGAGAGCACCAAGGCUUAAAAACCUCUAUCCCAGCGUGUGGUUGGGAAGGAUCUCCCGAUUACUUCUCAAAGUCACCUAGCACUUGAUUGAAAAAGCCACAAAUUCCGCAAACUGCGUGUUGAUUUCUGCUUUUGUGCCCCACUGUAAGAGAACAGGAAGUUUUGAAACCAUUGCAAGCAAAUCCAGAGAGCCCGUCAUAUAUGGGUGAAGCAAUGUUUUGUGCAGUUUAGAAGUACUUUGGAAGGUUAAGGACCAAUAAUAAUUUUAUAAGGGGUGUUGUAAAAUCUCUUUGAAACAAUCAUUAAGCCUUCAACCAUGAUUGCUUUUUAAAAGCUUAGUAAAUAAAGUCAAUGAAAUUCGCCCCCAUGUAAAAUGGAAAACGUGUUAAUGGGGAAGUUAAUAAAUACGAACUGAAUUAAAAUUGCAAGUGGGCAAGCUAAAAAUGUCCUCAUUAUAAGCAAAAGGCUCAGGCAAGGUGUGGGUCCUCCUGUUACGAUAGACAGAGAUUGUUUCUCUCCUUUGAUCCAUUACUCCUUCACUAUAGCAUCUGUGCAGCUACUUCAAACAGAAAUGGUGUGCAGGGACACAGUUCCCAGUGGCUCUUUUGCAAGACCCUUUUUCUGUUCUGACUCUGCAAAUGGCCAAAAGAAAUAUCCACCUCAACAAUAUUGGAAAAUGUACGCAAAUAAAGUCAAUGCACAGCUGAAUUGCAAGUCCUGCCUUAUAGCUAGUUAAAGUCUCAAGCUUCAAGAUGAAAUUGUAACCCACAAAUGUUAUGCAUGCAGUUGCAAAAUGUAUGAACCACUUUUUGCAUAUUUGCAAGGAAUGCAAGUCUGCUGAGACAUUUCCCACUCUGCUUUGAUCUUCCUGCAGAGAAAGGAGUUGCAGUCCUGUGCUUUGCACCACAUCAAAGCCCUUUCCCCUCCCUGCUGAACAGCUGAUGGUGAGGAGGGGACCCAGAAGACUUGAUGAAAUUUGGCUGCCAUAUCUGGCCUGUGGGUUGGGGUUCCCUACCUCUGCUCUAAAGUGUUCCAUUUAAAUCAGUUCGUCUGCUGUUGAGUUAAGUGGCUUGGGAAUUCCAGUCCCCUUUCUUGACAUCAACACGGAUACCUUUGAAUCUAGCUGGUUGCUAAUAUUUCCUGGUAUAACUGUUGUUCAUUAUUUCAUUUCACCUGAGGUCCAAUGCUCCAGUUGCUCAUAAAUAUGUACAACCUCUACUCUUUAGUGUAAGCUGUUAUUGAUGUCAUUCAUCUUUUCGUUAAGACCUGUCAGGUGGCAUUUAUGUUGAAGCGAAGUAGUGUGGAAUUACAAGUGCCCUGAAGACUUUGGAGUGCUAAAAUUAUGAGUGAUUUGGGGAGAUUAUUCCUCACAAGUAAAUUUAGUGGGAGAUAAUACCGCUGCAUACAAGAAGAGAUCUCUUUCCUGUCAAUUCUGUUAAAUGUUUCAGUUUUUGAAUAAAUCUUUGAAGAACAUGAUGGGCUUUUUUGUCAUUUCCCACACUAUUUCCCACAUCUAAUAUCUUCCUAUCACGGCCGUCAGUGCAUUAACAUAUGCAAUGCUGUGCUGCUCUUAGAAUAUACUUAAUUAGCAUGUCAUGUGCAAACAAUGAUGAUAUAGCUGGAGAAGCAUGUCCCUUCUAAAGUAUCAAUGCAUCAGCCUGGCGUAUUUUAUUUAAAAAAGAAAAAGAAAGACUACUGCUAUAAGGUGGUCAACUUUAGUUGGGAAGUCAAAUUUUCCCUCCAGUUGUUUCCUGAAUAGCUCUGAGAUGCAACCGUUCUGGGCCGAAUAUCUCAAAAGACCAAGCCCUUCCAGUUUAUAGGAGCUGAGUUCCUCUCAGUUUCAACUUGUUCUGCUUUGUGUUUCAAUCUUUAUACUAGCAUCCUUGUCAAUUGAAACACAUCCUUGUGGAGAAAGCUCCAUGUUACGUUCCUGUACCAACUGUACACUCCACUCACAUUUCUUCAGCUCAGAACUACAGAAAUGCUAUCUGAAAUGUAUUACAGCUUCUCUGCAGUCCAGUUGAACGUGGAUGACUGGACUGUUGGUCCCAGGGCACCGUGGCAAAUCAUUCCUUGCAUGAAGUGAUUUCCAGGGACCUCCCUUUGGAGAGCUGAAAUGAUGCCACAGGCCCUUCGGACCUGCCCAGGAACUAGUGAAUGUAGGUUUGAAAGCAACACAAAAGUAAAAGCUUGAUCUUUAAAAGCUCGUGGAUAUGGAACAUUAAAUUACUUAGUGUCCCUAUGCCAGUAGCAGCCAUGGUGAAGAUCAUGAGAUUUCUGAUGAAAAACCAUUCCCGCUCCCCUUGGUCUGAUCAAGCUGGCUUGGACAUGCCUUCAAUGCUGCAGAAAGCAUGCAUAUCUACUGCCUUGAUUGGUUUGCAGAGUUUCCCACCACCUUUCUGGCACUCAGUAAGUUUUACAAACGCUCUGGUCCACUAUGCAUAUUUGUGGUUUGGGCGGCCUCCCUACAGAGGCUGCAGCGUAUGAAGUCGCUCUUCAUUUCCCACCUCCUUGUAUCACUUCUGCCUCCCGUGUUCAUUCAGCCUGCGUGAGAUGGCUGCUUUAUGGGUUUAAAAUUGUAGCUUAACUUAUACAAGCAGAAUUCUGAGUCGAAACUGCAGGGAGAGUGGAAAUAAUUGAAGGUAUAGAUACUGGUAUGCUCAAGAAAGUCUUUUAUUCAGGCUAAAGAAACCCUUGCUGAUAGCAUAAAAUAAACUUAUUCACUUUAAUGCAUCCUUCUUGUUGGCUUAAAGCUGAAAUACAGUUGCUUGAAAAUUAAUUUACCUCUCAUGAAUGGCUGGCUGGAUUAUCUUUGUAGCAUAAAAUGUAAUGAUAUGUCAACCCUGAGCUCAGAACACGUUGUGUCUAUUGUAAAAAAAAGUUGUUCCUGAGCACUUAAUGUUGUGUUAAAUGAUGAUGUGUCCUUUGCAAAUGUAUUAUUAGUGUCAAGCUGUUCCAUCUCUCAAGAUUGAAAAAUGGCCAGUGAUUUGAGCUACCAUUAAACCUGAAUAAAAAAAAAAAGAGAAGAGCUGUGGGGGGUUCCCAUGCUCUCUCUUUUGAGUACUAACACUUUGACUAUAUUCAAUAUAUAUCAAAAUGUUUCCGUUAGCUGAAGACUCCUAAAACAUCUUUAAUCACAGCAAUUGAAAUGGUAUUAAAGCAAACCUCUCUUCCUCCCCCCCCCGUGUGUGCCGGGGGUGGGGAGAGCUCUCUAUACCAGGGAUGUUCAUCGUAAGAUGUUGCAGAAGACCGCUAUGAAUGCUGCUUAUGUUGCAGUCAAUUGGCUUGCUAUUAACUUGAGCGAUGAUGAAAUGGGAGCCCUUUUAUUUGAAGCAGCACUUUUUUUACAAUUGAAAUUUUCAAUUAAUAUUCUAAAUAUCCCAGCUCCUCGUGUGAUAGAGCCUUUCGUAUCACUUUGUAUUAGUUGGAGGGAAAUGAGCGCCCUUAUUUCCUAUUAUGCAAAGGAGGGAUUUAUGGCGCGAUAGCGAGCAAACCACUUAACGGCGUCUGGUUGCAUGCACGGCCAAACGAUUUUUGAAAUGCUUUCACGACAAAAUGUACAUUUUCUACAUUCCUACUACUUCCCGGACAACUCCCUCGUCUUAAUGCAAAGGUAUCAGCGUUAUUUAUCGUGCCAGCUUGGGAAUUAGAUUGUGGCUCUUUUGCUUGCUGAUUGAAUGUAAAAUAGUUUCCGCGCUUUCUUGCUUGAGGGACAGCUGAAAUUGGCAGGGCCGCGGCAGCACAGUUUAGCUUAGCCCAGGCAUUAUGGCUAGAGAAAGCAACAGACAGGCUUGCUGGAACAACACCUGUGAAGGCCCUGCAGCUUUCGAAUUCCCCUUCCGUGUAGCUUAAAUUUAUCUCUUUCAUACCACAUGUUUAAAUGGCUGUAAUGGAGGAUUAGAAAAGAGGGAGAAAUACAUGUGAGCUUGGCAGUGGGUGAUAUUGAAGGCACCCAACACUUCUGUAAUGCUGUCAAUGUUUCCUUCCCCCUCUAUCAUUUUAAAAUAUAUGUCAAGGUUUAAGGAUAGCUGAUUCAAAAUAAAGGACACUGUGGACAUCUAAUCUUUCUCUUCUAAGGUUUCAAGGUAUUCUGCAUGUGGGGCUAUUUUUUAAAGGUCAGUUUCUCCUCCUGAUGCAGAGAUAUGCCAUCCAGCUUCUGUCUGUGUCUAUAAGGCUGUUAGAUGGGGGACCUGUCAUCUCUUAUCAUUAGCCAUGCUGGCUGGGAGUCGGAAUCCAACAUCUGGAGAGUCAUAGAUUGUCCAUCCCUACUAUACAGGAUCCUUUUGAAAGUCCUGAUAAGUGGGAAGGUGGUCAGCCACACCUGGAUUGGGUUGUGGGUUGCUGUAGAUUCUAGUAACGAGGAUAUUUGAGUUCAGUUCUGCAUUUCCUUGCAUUUCAGUACCAUUUAUUAUUGUGAUGGUACUGAACUAUGGGAAAGAUAUAAUGUUUUCGUUUUAGUUGUGGUACCAGCACAAAAAUAUUCAGGGCAGCAGUUUCUUGGCAGUUACAAAUUGGAGAGAAAGCGCUGAAAGGGAUUUUAAAUCUGUAAUGUUGAUUUCUUUUACUAUCUGUCAGUUUUUGGCAUGCAGUAAAUAACUCAUUUUCAAAUAAUUUGCCUGUGUAAUUAAAUUUAGAUUGCAUACUUCUCCUUUCAAAUAUUUUGACUCUUUCUUGUCUGCCAUUCAAUUGUGGCAUAAUUGGUGCGGUUUGUAUAAAUGGGCAAUAAAUUUAUGGACUUUUGUUUGAAGAUCAGGCAGUGAAUAGAACUUGGUAAUCAUCCCAGGAGGAAUUAUGAUUGAACAUGUUUGUGAGAGUUAAAGAACGGAAUUUACUUUUGUUUUUGAAUUAAAGACAAUUAAAGAUUUGCAGGCACCCAUAAAAGACAAUGAAUUGAGGAACAAGUUAGAAGCAAGUCCAUUUGCAGGUGAAAAGAAACGCCUUUGAAUCAGAACCAGCUGUAUUUUCUAUGAAAGAAUGUGCUUGCUUGAUAGCAUAAUGUGCUCCUAAGCAGCUUACGCUUCACAGUAGUCAGAAAAUCGGAGUGCAUUAAUUUUUAAAGUUGCAAAUGCAGGGGAAGAGCAACACUGCCUCAUGAUGAUAAUGAGGGUGGAUAUUGGAAAGUCUAUGUGUGGGUGGGGGUGGGACAUAGAAGGAGCUUCUGAAAUGUGAACAUUCAUAAAACAAUAGCCAGGCAUACACAUGAUAAUGAGCUUGGACAGCAACACAAACAAAGGGCAAAGAUGAAGACCCCAUUAAUAACUAAAAAGAAGCCCUAUACUCUUAGUUGAUUGUUUAAGCCCAGUAGUAAACUUUCUACUACUUGGGCUCCAUGAACACUGCAGAUGGUCACAGCAGUCACGAAAUUAAAAGACGCCUGCUCCUUGGGAGAAAGGCAAUGGCAAACCUAGACAGCAUCUUAAAAAGCAGAGACAUCACCUUGCCAACAAAGGUCCGUAUAGUUAAAGCCAUGGUUUUCCCAGUAGUGAUGUAUGGAAGUGAGAGCUGGACCAUCAAGAAGGCUGAUCGCCGAAGAAUUGAUGCUUUUGAAUUAUGGUGCUGGAGGAGACUCUUGAGAGUCCCGUGGACUGGAAGAAGAUCAAACGUAUCCAUUCUUAAGGAAAUCAGCCCUGAGUGCUCAUUGGAAGGACAGAUCGUGAAGCUGAGGCUCCAAUACUUUGGCCACCUCAUGAGAAGAGAAGACUCCCUGGAAAAGACCCUGAUGUUGGGAAAGAUGGAGGGCACAAGGAGAAGGGGACAACAGAGGACGAGAUGGUUGGACAGUGUUCUCGAAGCUACCAGCAUGAGGAGGAAAGUGUUCAUAGUAAACCUAAAGAUUCUGUAAGUCCGGGGUGUCCCACUCAAAGCGGGGUGGUUGCACCAUAUGCACCAACAGGCCUCACUGGGGUCAGGGGAAGACCAUUUCAUAGCUGGGGGACCACACCACUAAGACCUUCACCCAUGUUCCCACAUUGAUUCUCUCUUUGUGGUAUCGCUCAGAGGAGGCCCUUAGAUGGUGACCAAACAGUUCAAAAACCUGCAAAACAGGGAUAAGUAUACAUAUGUACCACGAACAGCAGCCAGCACCCCUUUCACGCCACCUUCAGCUCUGAAAAUAUCCUCCACUAUAAUUGAUGCUAGUUUAAAUUAACAUGAAUUUACAUUCCAGCUAGCAAUGGUCAAAGGUGUUUGCAUUGCUUAUAUAAACUAGAUAUUUCAGGUGGCAACUUUUGGGGCGCAUAUGCCAUUUUUGCAUUACAGGUGGUUAUCUUGGGGAUUUUUUUGGGGGGGGGGAGGGGAGUUCAGCUGUUUAAAGAGGUGUUUUUAAAAAGUCCAAUACUAAAAUGUGGUUUUCAUUACCAAGGACUUAACAGAUGUCCUUUGUAAAUUUUUACACACAGUUGAUUCAGACUUGUAUUCUCUGGUAUGUACUUUCUCUUCUGGCUAUAGCAUUUAGCAAGGAGAGUGGUAAAUUAAUGACAGAUGCUUUGUUUUGGAGACUUACCAGCUGUAGAGUCAUUAUUAAAAUAGAUUGUUUGCAAUAAAGAGAGUUUCAGUUGUUAAUAUCGACUUCAAUUUCAGCCUGCAAAUAUUGUCACUGUUAACUUGCACCGAGGUAAGUUUUAGGGAAACAGUCACAUAGAUCAUCGAAUUCAGUUCAUUUGAAAUCUUAAAGCCACUUUCUCAGACGCAGUCCUAUUUCUGCUCAUGGUUCUCCUCUGGAAUGGGUGGUUGCUAGAAUAUAAUCUUGAAGAGGAUCAAUAAACUUUCUUUGUUGAGAAAUAACUGGUUAUUCUUAGGGCAUAAUAAUCAAAAAAUAAUAAUAAUCCAUUAUUGCCUCUACCUUUGAUGCCCUCUGAUGUGCACUUAAUCCAUGUCAUCUUUACUAUGACACAGGUCACAUACCACUCCACUUUAACUGCAAUUACAGUCAUGGGUUUGGUGGAGUUUACAUGGUUGCAGAAAUGGUAAGGUAAAGGUAAAGGGACCCCUGACCAUUAGGUCCAGUCGUGGCCGACUCUGGGGUUGUGCCGCUCAUCUCGCUUUAUUGGCCGAGGGAGCCGGCAUACAGCUUCCGGGUCAUGUGGCCAGCAUGACUAAGCCGCUUCUGGCGAACCAGAGCAGCGCAUAGAAACGCCGUUUACCUUCCCGCCGGAGCGGUACCUAUUUAUCUACUUGCACUUUGAUGUGCUUUCGAACUGCUAGGUUGGCAGGAGCAGGGACCGAGCAACAGGAGCUCACCCUGUCGUGGGGAUUCAAACCGCCGACCUUCUGAUCGGCAAGUCCUAGGCUCUGUGGUUUAACCCACAGCGCCACCCACGUCCCUUGCGGAAAUGGUAUCUGCAUACAAUUGCUCUGCACCACACAUUUGCCUCAAAGACGAGUGGCUCAUUGAGAGGGCAAGGAUGCCUGGCUCUCCAUGUUUAUGCUUGGAGGGCAAGGGGGAUGAUCGGUCCAUUCCCAAAACUGGUCAAAGCCAAAAUUUGCUCUGCCCAUCCACUGCACUUUGUAGUUGGCUGCAUGGCAAAGCCAGAUGAAGUGAAUGGUAAAAGUUAUUCAGGCAACCGAGGAAUAAAAUGAGAUACGGUUUCCAAGACAGGACAAUCAGGUGGUCACUUCACCAUCUAGCUAGUUGUAGUGCACAUUGGUCUAAAGCCAGAGUGAAUUGUUGGUUAUGUUUAUUAGUUCAUUGUCCCUAAAACCCACAAGAUAAAUUAGAUCCUAAACCCAGGGGAAAGAUGAACGAACCUCCUUCUAACAUUUUAUCACCAUCUAUAUCUUCUAUAUACUUGAGCUCUUCUGCUUUUCACCCAUUGCAUUUUACACUUCCAAAAUAUCUACAGUAAGGUUGUACUCAAAUUUACUCAGAGGAAAUGCCAAGCAAAUAGGAGAGCUCAUCUACACCAUUCCCUCUGCUUUGCCAAAGCUGCACCUAUUUAAUUUUGGCUGAUCUCUAGAAACAGCAGGUCUCUGUGAUGUAAAUCACGUCUUAGUUGUCCCACCUUUCAUUUUCAGUGUAGACAUGAGGGUGUAUUUCAGACUUUCUGAGAUCUUGAAGUGAAACAAUUAUUUUCCCCUUGUUUUCUUCUUAAAGUCUUAUAAAUCUGUGUUCAAAGCCCCAUGUGAAUAAAUGUCUGCAGUUUGUUCGCAAGUAAAAGUUUUUAGCAGCUGCAUGUCUUAGUUGAAAUUGGCUCCAAACAGUAUUACAGGUUCAGAUAUAUUUUUAAGCCAAGUUUCACCCUGGAGUGAAUUUUUACGAGCAUAUAAACUCAGUCAAUUCAUAAUGGAAAUUCUGACAGGUCCUUUACUAUUGCAUAGCACAUGGUAAUAUCAUAAUGACUGGCGGGGAGCUCUAGUCAUGUAAACUCUUUCCCCCUUAUUCCACGAUGACCAUACUUUCCUCUGAGAAAAGAACAAUUUUUCCCAUGCAUUAGACUUUAAAAUCUCCACCGCUCCUCUGGUAUAGUACAGAUCACCAGAGAAAUCCAUCUUGAGUCUCCUCAGUAAGGAAAAUGUUUCCCCUAAUCGUAGAUUUUUUUUUUUUAAGGACUGGGAGCCGCUUAAAAACAACAACAAUAACAACUUGCACCUCCAAUAACCAGAGAGAAAACAUAAGCCCUGUUUAUGUGUUACUCACAUGUAGAGCAUGUGUUUGUGCAGUGAGGGGUGAGGCCGUGAUUUUAUUCCUGCUCCCAGUGUCAUAAGAACAUAAGAGUCUGCCGAAUUAGCUCAAUGGCCCAUCUAGUCCAGCAUUCUGUUCUUACAGUGGCCAACCAGAUGCCUGUGGCGAACCCUCAAGUAAGAUCCAAGCACUAGAGCACUCUCCCCUCCUGUGGUUUCCAGCAGCCGGUAUUGAAGUUGCCCAGCCCUCUUUUAAAGCCAUCCAAGUUGGUGACCAUCACUGCCUCCUGUGGGAGUUCCAUAGUUCACCUAUGCAAUGUCCCAUCUCCUCCCCAUCCCUUCCGAAGCAACCACAUGUUGGGCACAGUUGUAGGACAAGAAAGCUCUUGCGCAGGAAGAGUAGGAGCACCGUGCAACCGGGAGACCAAAGCGUCAUCCAGGCAUUUCCCUGAACGCACACUGGGAUUGGGGUGUGGCGUACAUCUUUUGUAGAUUCAUCCACAUUCUGCCCCAAGUCAUCUGUAAGCAUGCACAACUGGAGGGGCAAGGCAAGUUGCCUCGGUUGGGCAAAGGGGAUAAGUUCCUUCUUUGCCCACUCAUCAAAUAUGGUGGUGGUGGUGGGGCUUCAUUUGCCCUCAGUGACAUCAUCCUAUAGCCAUGUCUAAUUAGCUAUAUGGCUACAUGGCUUUAUAAUGUUCACCACAUGCUCCCUGAUGGUCACACCACACAUAGCUCCUCCCCCCUCUAGCACAGAAAGCUGGGAACUGUAGUUUUCCCUUCAUAGAGGUUUAAUUCUCAGCACCCUUACAGUUCCCAGGAUUCUUUGGGGUAGUCAUGUGCUUUAAAUCUAAGAUGUGGAUCUGCCCAUAAGAGUGAAAAAGCCCUUUCGAGGUUGGUUUGUUGCUCUAUUUUGGCACUCAGGCCACAGCAGAGCAGGAAAACCAAAAAGGCAGUAAAAAUGUGCUUAAGUAUGGAAGGUAAGUUCCCCCCCCCCUUCCCGAAACAGUAACUUUAGCAGCAGAAACCAAACCUCGCAAGCAAUGGCCUAGCAGUAGUCCUGAAUGCAUUUGCUUAAGAUCAGAGCCCUUAAUGACUACAAGGCUGCAAAGUAUAGCUUUCAGCUAAUCUAACACUGAUCGGCCGGCCAGCCGCCAUAAUGCAGUCUUGUGACAUGAGGCAUGAAAAGGGAUACUGUGAAAACAAUUUCAACAUGGCCAAAACCUGUUAUUACUAGGCAGGAAGUGCUUUUUAUUUUUUCUAGAACUGAAUUUGGGUGUACGCCUAAUAACCUUCCAAUUUACAAGCGGAGUGGUUACGAACUCUUGAAAAUUGUCUCAGAAAAAGUAAGAGUUUUAUCUUAUGCCUAAUUAACCCCACAACCCAUGCAAAUACUAUGCACAAUUGUUCUCAAUUGCGUCAAACGUUUCUCAUCAUGGGCUUUCCCUUUUUAAUUUUCUACAUUGGAUGUGGCAUGAUGUGGCGUAGCAACAGUCUUUUAGGCUGCCCAUUUGUAAAUAAUAAAUUGCUCAAAUUAUACUGUCAUAUGUAUUCGCUAUUAGAGCAAAUAUUUCAAAGUUUGUCACUCUGCAAGCAGCUCUAACAUACAGUGGUCUUUUUGUGCUUUGUAAAGGAAAAUUUGGAUAUGCUGCAGACAUUAAAAUAAUUGUCCCUCAUUUACCAUGGAGUGUUUUCAGUAACUGUUUUUUCUCUCUCCCUCCGUCAAUAGGAAAACAAGAUUACAAGAAAACCAGGCCAAUGUUAAAAGCAACAAGAUUAAAAGCAGAGGCCAAGAAAACUGCGCCAGGCAUGAAGGUAUAUCUAACUGAUAGCUUACACCAACAUCCUAGAGAUGUUGAGUUUCUUUUCCCCAUAGAUGUCCUGUGUGAAUAUUGAUCUUUGAAAGAUAUUGUUUAUGACACUUCAAAACCCUAAGUGGAAUGCCAGGAUCUAAAAUAUUCAUGACUGAUUUCUUUUGCGUUAACCUACAGCCAAGAUGGAAUAACUGAAACUCGGAGGCUGCAAUCUGACACGGCUCUGCUUAGGAAUCAGUCCCAUUUUGUUAUUUAUGAAUUAAGCUUCAGUUUACCUAUUUUUAAGAUCUCUUGCCCCUACGCCGCCAUAAAGUCCCAGGGCGAGUUGCAACGAUGAAAUAUGCAAUUGUAGAACCAUUCCAGUUAUAAAACAUGGAAAGCCAUUCCAAAGGCAACAGAUGGGUAUAAAUUCAACAAAAGAGAUGGGUCCCACCAAACAAAAUACCUUCACUGUCAAAGGCCAGGGUGAAGAGUUCUCAGUGAAAUCUGUGCAGUGAAGAUCUACUUAGGGUCUGCUACGAAAAACCCCUUCUUCAGUGAUGCCAUCCUCUCCUUGUCUAUGCAGGGUGCAUAGAAUAAAGCUGCAAAGUAAUUUUGAUAGGCAGCAUUUUUAUUUUAUUUUUAAAAAGCUUCUUGUCAACUACUGUGUGUCAUGGAAUACUUUUUUAAAACAACUCCCAUAGGCAGACAGUGAAUGUUUUACAGCAUAGAAUAAUAGACUUGGAGAACUGGAAGGGACCAUGAGGAUCAUCUAGUCCACCCCCCUGCAAUGCAGGAAUCUUUUGCACAAUGUGGGGUUCAAACCCACGACACCGAGGUGAAGACUCUCAUGCUCUACCAAAUGAACUAUCCCAGUUUGGCUCAUAUCUAUUCAGCAGUAAGUCCCAGCAGGCCAUAAUCCCAAAGAACCGUGCGUAGGAUUGUAGCCUUCAUUAUUAUUGCACAUCAGUGCUUUCUUUGGUUAAAAACCCCACAAUGCCCCGGUACCCAUGCUUUGAUAAAAGUGCCAUGGGGGCCAGCACAAAAUGGCUUCCGCAAGACAGCAAAAUAUGAGGUGCCGGAACUCCUAACUAUUGUAGUGAGUACCAGAAGCUCCAUCUUCUGAACCAAAUUGAAGGACCCUGAUGCAGGGUUUUGACCACGCGUGUGUGAUGUUGCACAAUGUAUUGACACCACAUGAGCUACAUUACGUGAUGUCCUAAUGUCCCUCUGUGCCCAGUUUUUACAAUGGAAGGGACCAUCCCCCUCAAAAAAACCAUAGAGGGGGCCAAUAGUGCCUCAGCCCCCGGGAGCCAGCGUGUAUGGCAAGUACUGUUACCCACCCACCCACACACACACACACAGAACCCUGACUGUUGACCAUGAUGGAAUUUUUUGUAUAGAUGUUACUGUAAAUGGUCAUAGUUUUGUCAUAAAUACACACAGUGGUACCUCGGGUUAAGUACUUAAUUCCUUCUGGAGGUCCAUUCUUAACCUGAAACUGUUCUUAACCUGAAGCACCACUUUAGCUAAUGGGGCCUCCUGCUGCCGCCACGCCGCCAGAACAUGAUUUCUGUUCUCAUCCUGAAGCAAAAUUCUUAACCCGAGGUACUAUUUCUGGGUUAGUGGAGUCUGUAACCUGAAACGUAUGUAACCUGAUGCGUAUGUAACCCGAGGUACCACUGUAUAACUGAUAUCCAGCCUACAGUUUUCAUCUUUCUGUCCAGCGUGGAAAACGAUUGCCUUCUCUUAUGACCCAGCAAGGAAGCUGGUGGACUCAAAAUUAGUUUGGAACUUCCUGUUUUUAAAGCUUAAAGAAAGGAAGGAGAACAAGUGAAGGUAAUAAAUAAUAAUUUGAAGGAUAUUUAUAAUAUUUUCACACCCACACAUGACCCUGUCGUAGAGUUUGGCUAAACAUAUGUAGUUUGUUUAAAUUGCUUCCAAUACUUUCCUCUCGAUUUAUUUUUGGUUCAAAAUAAAUUAACAUAAAAUCAGCUUAGCAACCCAUGCUGAGGGAAGGAUGCAGAUCAGGAAAAAUAGAUGCAAAAAUGAGCUAUUCCUAAUGAGAAGAAUGUCAGUAAUGUUCAAAGAAGUACAUUUCCUUGUUUCUGGCAGAUGAGAAAUCAAUUCCCCCCUCCCCAAGUUAUAGCUUACAGCAAAUGGCAAGGUAUUACUACCAUGCUGUAACAGCUGUUGAGCCGCCAGAUGAUGUAUUUGGUUGUCUUCCAAAAUUUGCUAUUAUAAUCACGAAACAGUGGUUUCUUUUCGCUCUCUGAUAGCUGAUCUCGAUCAAGCAUUGCCACGCAAUGUGGUCUGCUUUCACAACAUCGUCUCCUCAGUUAGUGCAGUGUGUCAGGUUUUAAUGGGGAAAAAAUAGAUUGCCAUUUUUGUUGUUUGUUUAAAAGGCAGAUUAUUAACCUAUCAAGUUAUGCAAUUUUCUCUGUCCCUUUCUGAUUUAAUUUUACGUUUCUGAUUUAAUUUUACAUCGUAGAAGGGGCCACAAGGGUCAUCUAGUUCAACCCCCGGCAAUGCAGAUAUAUUUUGUCGAAUAUGGGGCUCAAACCCACAACCCUGAGAUUAAGAGUCUCAUGAUCCACCAACUGAGCUAUCCGGACAAGUGGCCUCACAGCAUAGAGUUGAGGAUAGCCUCAAACAAUGCAUACACUGGAGGCUUGGAUUCAUUUGUUCAUUCUUUAGAUUUGUAUAGCGCUUUUCCACACAAAAAAUCAUGCACAAAGUGGUUUACAAAACAACAGCAACAACACAGGAACACAUUUCAAACGCUACAAAAACAAUUUCAUAACAACACAGCCAAGUAACAUAGUAACAGUUUCAUACUAACAUAGCCAAACAAUAGCAUAGUAACAAUUUCAUAAUUACAAAGCAGAACAAUAUCAAAUAUAACAUGAACAACAUAUAAAGAAUUUCCAGCAGAGCUGCUGGGAAAGAACUAUUUUUCAGCUUCAGUUGCCAUCUGUAAAAUAGGUGUACUUUACCCUGGCUAGAUGAUGGUAGUUAAGAUAAAGAUUGUGCAGCGUGUGGCAUGUGAAAAGUGCUAUGCAAAUUGUUAAUGAGAGUAAAAGGAAAUCUUGCAGAAGCAGAAUUAUACUUCAGUGUUGUGUUUUCAGUGUUGAAGCAUAGGGUUGAGUCACAUAUGCACACUCACACGAUUUCUGGACACUUGAUUGUACAACUUGGUUGGCAACUGACUAAGAAGCAAGCUUCUUGAAGUACUGAUGUAAAGUCAAAGCAUUGUUUAGUGUUGCAUGAGCAAGCCAUUUCCUUAUGUCUCUGCCCUCAUGUUCUCAGGUUCAGUUAGUUGUGUCCAGAUGAGAGCAAAAUAUAAGUUACCUUCUGCCAACCUAGUAGUUCGAAAGCAUACCAGUUCAGGUAGAGAAAUAGGUACCACUGUGGUGGGAAGGUAAACGGUGUUUCCGUGCGCUCUGGCUUCCAUCAAGUGUCCUGUUGCACCAGAAGCGGUUCAGUAAUACUGGCCACAAGACCCAGAAAACUGUCUGCAGAUGAACUCUGGCUCCCUGGGCCUGAAAAAUGAGCUGAGUGCUGCACCCCAUAGUCACCUUUGAGUGGACUUAACCGCCCAGGGGUUCUUUACCUUUACCUAUAAGUUACCUUGACAUCAAAACCUGGAAAAUAAUGGUUUAUACUUGCCCUCUAAACCAGAAUUGCAAAGCAUGGCUUGGUUAUGUUUUAGCUCUUUGGAGUAUAAGGAAGGAGAAACAGCUUAUUAGUUUGGAUAUUGUAGCAAAGUACAGUUUGUGUUAAAGAGGAAAUAACUGGAUAUGAGUAACUAAAAAGAGGAGGAAGUAGAAGGAGGGCGGAUGUAAGCCUGUAGCAUGUUCUUGGUUCUUGAAACUUCGCUUUGGGAGACUGGGAAUGUUGCAUUUGAACCAACUUGCUGUGAUAUGAAAGUCUAGCCAAUGGGUUAAUCCAAACAGUCUCUAAAUUCAGCAGUCGCUUGUAUCUUAAAUUCAACUCCCACAAUGCACGUUAGCUCAUACAACCUGUGCAAGGACCUGGGUAUCCUUGCAUCAUCAUCAUCAUGAUCAUCAUCAUAAUUUUUGUUUAUACCCUGCGCGUCUGGCUGGGUUUCCCCAGCCACUCUGAGCGGCUUACACCAAAUAAAAAAUUGUAAAACAUCAGACAUUAAAUUUUUUCUGAUACAGGGCUGCCUUCAGAUGUCUUCUAAAAGUCAGAUAGUUGUUUAUUUCCUUGACAUCUGAUGGGAGGGCGUUCCACAGGGCAGGCACCACUAAUGAGAAGGCCCUCUGCCUGGUUCCCUUUAACCUCACUUCUCGCAGGGAGGGAACCACCAGAAGGCCCUCGGAGCUGGACCUCAGUGUCCGGGCAGAACAGUGGUGUGAAAUCGAAUGCCUGCGACCUAAAUGCCAGUUUCAGGGCUUUGCAUUCUCUGCCAGCAUGCCAGUACAAUAUUUCCAUGGACUAUAUUUAUAAGCAAGCUGUGGUAACAUAUACAUAAUUUGCAUUCAUUUUCCUAUCUAUACUGAAGGAAAUAGCCAUACUGAAGAUUCAUCACAUUUGAGGCAGCAGUAAGUUGAAGCAGUAGAAACUGGACAUAUUAAGAAUAAGGUAGAAUAUUUAGGGGCUUAAUACAAAGUUUUUUUAGAUUUGGGGGGCACAGAAGAUCAAUUCAGCUUAGAACGACAUUUUGAUUUCAUGGAAUUUCAGAAACACUAAUUUAAUUAAACAUUAUUCUUAAAAUAAUAAUAAUCUUAAUUAUUGCUUAUUUUUCUAUUAUUUACCCAGGUAGACAGGUUGAGUUUUCACCAGGGAUGCAUUUUACACAAACUUUGCUCUUUCAAAAAAAUGUAUGGUUCCCCCCUUACUUCAAAACGGGCCCUAAACUUUUCUAAACCAACCCCAGUAGGGUACUUUUAAUUUCAAAACUGGCAUGCUAAUUAGCCUAUCCUGUCACAUUUUGAUUGCCUAUCAUUUUUAUGCUGGAUUGAAAGUAACAAACUUUCAUUUAGUCACUGCCAUUUAAUACUUUUUUAAUUUCCCCAAUGAGUGAUUUUUAUCUUUUGUUGAUAAUGUCAACACAGUAACUUGUGGGCAAUAAAUAUCCAGUGUUUUUGACUCUGUGUUGUUGAAGCAGGAUGACUGUGGUAGACUGCAGAAUUUAUGUGCUUUCCUAUGUCUAUUAAAACCUCUCCAUGCGUAAAUAGUUUUCCUGUUAAAAGAAAGGCAUUAGGCCAGUGGCCUGUCAAGUCCAGAUGUCUGUGGGAAGCCCACAAGCAGAAACUGAGUGCAUCAGCCCCCUCUUCACUUCUGAUUCCAAGCAAACUGGUAUUCAGAGGCUUACUGCCUCCAGCAGCGAAGGUAGAACACAGCCAUCUCUUCUAACUCCCAUUUCCCUCAGCUCCUUGGUCUUCCUUCUGAUAAAAGUUAGUUUAAGCAAAGGAUCUGCCCAAUCUGCAAAGACAGAUGCAAAGGAUUCAUCCAGCUACUCUGCAAACUCCUUAUCUUAUGCUGAAAAUCAGAAACGAUUUUCUGUUACUCAACAAAAAAUUAAGAGUCACUAUCCUUACUGUGAAUUUCUUCAGUUCUAUCAUAAAGGUAAAGGUAAGGAGACCCCUGACCAUUAGGUCCGUUCGUGGCCGACUCUGGGGUUGCGGCGCUCAUCUCGCUUUAUUGGCUGAGGGAGCCAGUGUAUAGCUUCCGGGUCAUGUGGCCAGCAUGACUAAGCUGCUUCUGGCAAACCAGAGUGGCACAUGGAAACGCCGUUUACCUUCCCGCUGAAGCGGUACCUAUUUAUCUACUUGCACUUCGAUGUGCUUUUGAACUGCUAGGUUGACAGGAGCAGGGACCGAGCAACGGGAGCUCACCCUGUCGCGGGGAUUCGAACCGCCGACCUUCUGAUCGGCAAGCCCUAGGCUCUGUGGUUUAACCCACAGCGCCACCCACGUCCCUUACAGUUCUAUCAUACAGUUCUAUCAUACUUUCCCCUUAAAAACAAGCAGUGCUUGUUACAUAGGGUAGAAUCCAAUGGUGAUUGUCAGCUGCCAGAAGGGAAUUUGUCAGCAGAAAAAUGAGGGAGGCCAUUUUUGGCAAGAACUUCCUCCUGCAGUGACCUAAAUGUGUUCUGGAUUACCCUCUAACCUUCUGGAGUAUAGCAGAUCCCCCCCCUUUUUUUUUGACAAAGUAAAGAGAAGGGGACUCUUUCCUUCCUUCUCUAUUGCCCCUAAUUAUCAGAUUGCAGGAAAGAAGAAGCUGAGGAGGAGAGCAAGUAAUGAUAGAAGAAAUCAGAAGACUACAAACAACCCAGAGAGUGGGGAACCACCUGAGGUCAUCCUGCCCAGGACCCCCUUAAGCAGUAUUGCUGGGCCCAGAUAGGUCUAGGAGCACAACUGUAGUAGAUACAAGAAAAUGAAUGAAUUCUGCCUUAUAUGACCAUUGCAUUUUGACAUAGAGAAGAUGUGUGCCUGCAGUCCCCCAUCUCUUGCUUUCUUUUUUAUUCCCAUCUCUUUCUGAAAACAAAUUUUACAUAGCUCUUUUCUUUGAAAUUCCGUUAGAUAAAACCAAGAGAAGAUCCCAACCUGAUGAUCCUUAUAAUUAUGGGUUGGGAACAAAAGCACGCCAACAGUUUUUAAAUGGCGCUGUUGUUUUUCCAAACCUGUGAGUCGCAUUAUUUGUGUGGAAAAGGAAAUUUGUGCUACCUGCAGAAUGACAAUCCACUGAGAAAUCUUCGCCCCAAGAAGCGAUAAUAUUUGAAAAGUGUAUGCGGUGGCAUAUACUGAAUUAUGGAUAUGAAAUACUGAUAAAAUAUAAAGCGGAUUCAUGUAAAUGCAAAUGAAGUGUGUUCCAGAGGAGUUUGCGAUGGGGGAGAGAAUUGACAGAGGAACGUUAACUCUUUCUCGGGAUGACACUGUUUUGCUUUCUCUCUGACGCGAGUACUUUCAGAAGUGCUUGCAGAGAGAGAACUUGCAUGCUACGUGAAAAUCAUUAAAUCCAGCUCGAAGAUAUAAAGUAGGCUCGAGUUACACAAUGUGCAAACACAUGUGUGAGAGAGAGGCCUUAAUUAUGUAUGCCGUUCAAAUGGGGAAGACGCCCUCCCAAAGGCCUCACUUAUGCAUGUCCACCCUAGAGCCAGUCCUUGUUGUGUCAGGUCACAGCCUUCCAGCAUUAGAUGAAACUGCCUGGUGAAAUGGCUCUUAGCUUUAAAUAGUCUUUUCAGAAGGUGGAAGAGCCCUGGUCUUUGUCCACCUGCCCCACGUUCUUCCUACAGUAAGUUUGAGACACGAGCUAUAAUUUAGAGAGCUGUAAAGCUCAUUUUACAGAAUAAGUUCCAAGUGCCUGGGGGGGGGGGGUUUCCUUAACAUUUUUUUUUAAUCGGUAUGGUAGGUUGCUUCCCAGCUCCCAGAAAAGAUAGGGAACUUUCAAAGUUCACACAUAUUCACUUGGAUACCUUUAAAGUACUCUGUGAAUUCUGUCCCUCUUCAGAGUCCUGGGCAAAAAGCUUGCUAAGCCUGUUAUACAGUCAUCUUUCUUCUUUAGCCUCAUGGUCACCAGAUUCAGUUCUGAUAACCAGACUAGAAGCGACAUUAAAUGCACUUUUAAAAAAUGUGCAGUUUAAAAAAAAAGGGGGGGGGGAGAGAUUUGAACAAGAUUAAGACCACAGUGGGUAAAGAGAGAGAAAUGAAGCCUUUGCUUCUGCUGUGAUUCCAGUGAAAAGCCCCUUCUCCACCCCAGUGAUUGGUCCUGUUGGCCUUAAUAGAAGUUGUUGGCCAAAGCAGUAGCUUGAGGGGUGGGGGUUGUCAUCAGAUUUGUGGCAGGGGGAAAGGGAUUGAAUUCCUCACCUACAAAAAACCCGUGCUGUUCUUCAUCCCCACAGCUAUUUACACUAAUAAAGAUGUGUGUGUUACACAUAAGAAAUGCAUUAAUAUCACACCUGCUUUAGCCCUUACUGUUAAUGCAUGUUAACCACCGAAUCAUAGAAUUGUAGAGUUGGAAGGGACCCAUCCAUGACAGAUGGCCAUCCAGCUUCUGCUUAAAAACUUCCAAGGAAGGCGAGUGCACUACCUCCGAAGGGAGACUGUUGCUGUCAGGAAGUUCUUCCUGAUGUUUAGUCGGAAUCUCCUUUCUUGUCGCUUGAUGCCUCCAGAGCAGGAGAAAACAAGUUUGCUCCAUCUUCCAUGUGAAAGCCCUUUAGAAAUUUGAAGAUCAUGGGGAAGGUUAGGUUUGCUCAUGUGGUAAAACAAACCAAGAAACCAAAAGUCGCCUUCAGUUUGGAUUAUAUCAUUAUUUGGUCAGGGUGUUUGUUCACGGUUGUUGUUUUUUAAAGUGUAUUUGGACAUUGGUUAAGUAAACUGUGGGGCCUUGCAUUCCUACCAUGAUAAUUUACAAUGUGUUGAGUAAAUUGCAUACAAUGUUAAUGUAUUUAUGAAUGAAAAAUGUCAUUUGUUCUUAAUUAAACUGAAAUGAUGGCAUGUCUAACUCCCCCCCCCCCAAUCUUAUCAUUGCUACAGGAAGUCAGCCUCAUCCUUGGAGCUAUAUUGGUAUUUCUGGUGGCAUGUUAUGCUUUCUUUUAUCUUAACCUGUCCGAAGAGGUUGACCUUGAACUGGAUCAAGAUGAAAACUAG